AGAAGGACAAGCAAGCAAAGUGUUCCUCAGACAGAAGAGGUUCAGUUGUGUGACUCAUCCAGGUAAUUACAUUGGUCCUAUAUUACACCUUAGUUUGGUGUUGUAUCCGUUCCUGUCCCUCCCUCUACCUCUUGUCCCUUUAUUCUUACCAUUUGAUACACUCUGACAGUAUGCUUGGAAACGUAUAUUAUAAGUAAUGUAUAUAUUCAUUAUUGCUUUAUUCUUCACAUGGUCUCUUCCCGUCACUGGUACCUAUGUUUGUCUUUAUAAGGGUCUUGUUGGCUGAAUUAUGGCUUUCGUUGGUAGUGGCAGGGUUAGCUCUGCCAACUGUGAGGGGGCAGCACGUGUUGAAAUUGUAAAGGCAUGGGUUGUUAUAUGGCAGUUUACGUCUCUAAAUGCAUCUGUAGGCAGGCUGUCAUGAUCUGACUAUAACUACAAAGACAUUUGCUAUGCUAAAACCCUAAAUAAAUAACCAGAAAUGGUUUUUAUUUAAACCCACCCCCCCUCACCCUCCCCACACACUUGUGUUCUUAUGUAAAUCUCCUAUUCGAGGCUCUGUAAUUUUCAACAGGAGAAGGUUAACAGUUGUAAAAUCUUGACACAUUCUGCGAAACGGUUUGCAACAAAGCAAGAGAAAUGGCAUCGGAGCUAAUCCCCUUUUUAAUUAACCGUUACAGUGUCAAAGAGCUGGCGAGGCUUUGUAAACGAACACGCUGGUCAUCCACUUUGGCAUCCCAAGGGUUAAUUGAGGCAGUAGGGGCAACAGAUGUAAUUAUGCGCCUGCAAUAAUGAAGACGAUUAGGUCCUAAUAGGCAAUGUUAGGGAAACUGUUUUCGUUAAUACAAAACAGGGCAUGAAGAUGGGUAGAUGAUGAACAUUUAAUAAUUACAUUGUAUUUUAAACGAUUCAAGCUGAUAAUUAGGCGCACUCACGUUACACGAUACUGAGAAUGCCUUGCGAUUAAAAAGUCUACUGAUUAGAUGAAUGGAUUGUUUUAUUAUGAGACAGAAAUACGCACCGUUGUUUGUUUAUUUGUUUUUGGUUGAAGGAUUGAUCAGGACCCUCUAAUGUUGCAAUAUGUGCUUUCCUUAAUUAUUAGUUCAAUAUUUCUAAGUUUAGCCUUUUCAUGCCUAUACGUUUGCUUGUUUUUAUUUUAUUUCUACUUUUAGAUCAGGAAAUAAAUUGUUAAAUCUUAAAACUGAUCAAGGCUGGAACAAAAGGGGUUAACAGCCAGGUGCAGGUGCAUUGGGUAAUGCCAACCUGGAAAUGUGAAUAUUCUAGGUGCCAUCUAAGGAACCAUUAGAAUCCAACAUGCACCCUUCUGGGAGAGUAGGUACAGUAAUUAGUGGGAACUUUGGAAAAGGAUCAAGUUCAUGUAGCGAAAGACUAGUAGCAGUUCAGCUGUCAGUGCAGUGAGCGCUCUCCUCUAACAUUAUAACAGAGGGGAUUCCAUUUCUUUAGUACCAUAUGCAGCUAGAUGUGUGUUUCCAAGGAAACGGCCAGUCUCACAUCCCACUCCCACUCUCCCCCUUUAGUAUUUUGGCUUUUGUUAUAUUUUUCUACAUGAUUUUGUUUGCCAGUUCUUCUGUACACAGCCUGUUACUCUCUGUAAAGAUGUCCAUUAGCUGUUUUUCUUUGAUAUCCUGUUUGGGGUAUAUUUGCUAAAUAUUGAGUCAGUACAGUAAGAAAAUCCUCUUUUAUAAUAUAGCUGUUAUUCGCUGUGUUCGUGAACAGCCAAAGAGAAAAAGCGAAUUACGCAGACUAUAUAAAAUAAUCAGAACUGUGUGAUUUUCAAGUAACCGGGGGCAUAUAACACAAGCAUUUUGUAUGGAAUUAAUUCACAAGCUACAGGUAUUCCUAAAAUGAUCUCCAAGAUAUAUUCUUCAUGACCCCCUACCAGGAGCUAAGAUCUAUGUCUUCUUUCUCCCUCACUCAUAUAAGGGAAUGUUAAAAGUUAAUUAAAUAAAGAGGAGUUCUAAAAAGUAGAUUCUUUCCACAGGCUGCUCACUAUAUAGUAGACGUACCCCUACUCGCGGUAUAGUGAGUAGGAGCAUUCGGGAGAUUUUAAUCUCCCUUAUGCUAUUAUGGGGGUCAUAUUGACCCCCAUAGAGUGAGGGAGGACAUGAGGGGCUUAGGAAGUGGCGGGGAGCACUGCUCCCUACCGCUUCUAUCUUUACAUAUUACAAGGAGGGAGAUGCGUGCCGGUAGCUCCCUCCUUGUAAUAAACUGAACGAACAAACGAACACUCAUAUUCAGUGUUUGUUUGUUUGUCUGAAUUUUUUAUUUAUUCAUUUGUCUUUCUGACGAAUGAAUGAAUAGAUGAAAUUCCCGUUCGCAUGUCCAAGUGUAUCACUGGGCAUGUGCGGGAAUUUCAUAGCGCUAGUGUGGGCAGAUGACGUGUCCCACAGGGACUUCCUCUACCCACACAAAGAUGGCGGUGCCCUGAAUAUAGAUCGGGGCAGAAAAUAAAGAUUAGAAAUAGGUAAUAUGGGGGCUUAGGGGUAUUUGGGGGUGACUAAGGGGUCAAUUCGAUGUAAUGGAGGCGGGAAGGGGGUUAAAAAAAAAAAACGGGACUCGGCCAUGACAGUGCCACUUUAACACCAAUCAAACCAUAUAAGGGGUAAGGGAAUAGCGGGUAUGUUUGUACUGUAGAUCCAUUUCUGGAUAACUUGAUAUUUGGGGAACCACUGCUCACCUUCUACUCACUGGUUUGAGGAAGAGUGAAGAAUCAUUUCUCUUUUGAUUUCACAGAGGAUCUCAUAGACUACCAAUAAGAUAAUUUACCCUGCAUAUGACUUGAAGAGGUGUACGCCAAUUCUGGCUUAUUAUAUUUAUAUAACACGGUUUAUCCACCAGUCAUGACUUUCAUGGUUGGGAUUUAAUUUUAACAGCCCAAGGGGUUCAAUAAUCUGCCUCUGAAUUAAUCUCAAUUCAUCUUAAAUGAUUCUGGGCAACAUUCUAUAAUCCAGAUAUUGUUAAAUAUCUGAAUUACUGCAAUUCUCCUAGCAUUCUAACUUAGUUUCCCAAACAUCGAUCAAUGGAAUUUGCACAUUUUGGUACCAUAAUUGAAAAAUCACCCAAUCUGCAUUUAAAGGGACACUAUAGUCACCAGUGCAACUACAUGUAUUCCUGACCCUAUAGUGUCAACAAAACCAUCUAGCCCCCCUGGGCCCUCAUGCCUCCAUAAAUAUAGUAAACAUCUUACUGUAUUCAAGCCAGAAGCUGUAAAUCUGCAUGCUGUUAGAGUCAGGAAAAACAAGCAGUCAGCUGACAUGUGAUAGCCUGAUCCAAUCACAGUGCUUCCCCAUAUGAUUGGCUGAGACUGACAAAGAGGCAGAUCAGUGGCAGAGCCAGCAUGAUUCAAACACAGCCCUGGCCAAUCAGCAUCUCCUCAUAGAGAUGAACUGAAUCAAUGAAUCUCUAUGAGGAAAGUUCAUUGUCUGCAUGCAGUGGGAGGAGAUACUGAAUCACAAGAUGCUCGUGCACAGCAGAUCUGAGUGGAUGGAAGCAUAUUAUUCCUCCAUCAACUCAGAAGUCCCUCUGGUUCACUCUGAGUGACUGCAACUGGAGGUGUUCCUAGCUUUCAAUGUAAACACUGUAUUUUCUCAGAAAAUACAGUGUUUACAUGAGAAAGGCUGCAGGGAGCUAUAGUUCUCACCUGAACAACCUCAUUAAGCUGAAGUUGUUCAGGUGACUAUAGUGUCCCUUUAAUAAUAGCUGAAUUGUUCGGCUGAUCAAUUUUGUGGACAAUUCUGAUUCUAGUGAAUAACAUGCUGACCUAAGUGGAAUGGCUAUCCUCUCAAAAUGUGCAAAACCUCUUCUUCUCAUUGCAAUAAAUAGUCGUAAUAUGGAUGAGAGUAUCUCUGAGCUUUAUUGUCGUAUAUAAACUCACAUUGGAUCUCUGUAUGAAAUGCUUUAUGACUAUGAGAACACUAUGUGGAAGAUCACACAAUAUAUAACAAAGAGAAAAAGGUUGGUUUUAAAAAAAACAAACAAAAAAAAAAACCAGUGGAAUAUUGUUCAAUAUAUCAUUUUUUUUUUAUUCAAGAAUUAUUUAGCUGGUAGCCUAUGAAAUGAAAUUAUACAACCUCUUAAGAUCUAUUUUUAAUGUCUCUUAGUUUAAUCAAGUAGUUAUAGCAAACAUGAAAAGCUGCAACAAAGUAAUUGCAUUAAAGAUGUUCAUCAGGUUGAUUCACUAACAAUAUAGGUUCCAGCAAAAUAGCAACUCCAACUGAGAUUUCAUGGUUUAAGGUACAGUGCUAUUCAAUACCCCUUCUUACCUGCUGUCACAAGUUAACAGAAUCCAAGUAUGUUUAGUCCAUUGUGCUAGGGAGAGCAGGUAUAAACUCACACAUGAAAUGGGAAUACACAUCAGGCAGUCUGCUAAACAAAAUAGUUCAACUGUCUGAACGACCGACAUAUAAGACCUAACUGAAAGGAACAUGUAUAUGCAUUUUCCAGCUAGCCCUACAAUACACUGAGGUUGACUGACUUCAUAGCUAGCCACUAACUGUAAUACUGAGAAAAAUGCGCAAGUUCCUCUAAAUUUAGUUGGGAGAUAUAUGUAUCUAUAGCUCACUCCCCUUGUGCUUUCAUCUUUUGACCUCCAGGUCAUGGCAGAAGAGACGCCUGGCCUGUUAGAUCUAGAGAUCCUAUAGAGCAGGGAUAGGCAACCUUUGUCACUCCAGGUGUUGUGGACUACAUCUUCCCUAGUGCUUUGCUAGCAUUAUGAUUGUAAGAAAAUUAUGGGUGAUGUAGUCCACAACAUCUGGAGUACGAAAGCUAGCCUAUGCCUGCAUAUAGAUCAUCUUACUCAAGUGCAAUGAGAUGCCAUAGUAAGAUGAUGACCAUCAAACAUUGCAAGUGAUGGCAGAUGGGGAAGAUAUCUCUGCCAUUUUUAAUAAUUAUGCCAUGUAUAUCUUUUGAUUGAGUUUUUAUUUCAAAAUUAUGGAGCAGUCUAUUUACUAAAAAACCUAAUUGUGACAAUGAUCCUAAAACAUCUAGUUCAAAGGGACCCACCUCCACAUGUCAGGAGACUGUCCCAAACUACAUGAGUAUUGGAAAGAGAUUACGGACCUUGCGGAAAAAGUCUUACAGAACCCAUGGAACUAUCUCCAUCGGUGUUUUUGCUUUCAUGCCCAAUUAAAAAAAUGCCGAAACAUUCUCAAAAACUACUAAACUUAAUUUCCAUGGCAGCCAAAAGGGUUUUAGUGGAGGCUGGCUAAAGAUGGAGGUACCAUCCCUAAGAGAGGUUUUAGCUAAAAUAGAGGACAUUGCAUAAUGGAUGAACUAACAGUGAGACACACAGCGUCCACCUUCUCCAAGAUUUGGGACCUGAGGAUAGUAGGAUACUCGUGGAGGGGGUUACAGGCACUGGCUCAUUACCCCAAUACAUUUUAUUUUUCUAAUUUCUCUUUCUGUCAUUGAAAUUGUCUGGAUGCAGUGUCCCUGUCCCACUCAUAGGCAUGCGCACAGAGUGUGCCGGGUGUGCCUGGGCACACCCUAAUCCCCGCGGCACACCUAUGUAUAUUGAGACCGGCAGGGGAGAUCUCAGGAUCUCCCCUGUCGGCUCAUGCAGAGCCGGCACUAUCCGAGCGCCGGCUCUGCUCUCAGCCUCCCUCCCCACCGACCCACAUGCAGGGAGGGAGGCAGGAGAGGACCCGGGGAGCUAUUGCAAGCAGCUCUGCCGGGUUCCUCUUGCGCGAUAUGAGCGUUGCCACGGCAACGCUCAAAUCUCGCGAGAGUGAACUCUAGCCCCACAGGAGCUAGAUUUCACUCUCCACUGGACCACCAGGGAAAGCAGCAGCACGAGAUCCCCUCCCUACAUAAGGUAAGAAGGGAGGGGGUUAUCAAGUAAUGUACCCCCACCUCCACCCCCCACAAUCACCCACACAUACCAGGGUCGCAGGGGUCGUGGCUGCGACCGGGCCCGGCCCACCAGGGGGCCCGGCCGCCCCUGCGACCCGGUAUGUACCCACAGGGCCAGCCUCUUCUCCUGGGGGGCCCAGGAGCCGACCACCCCAGGGCCCCCCGAGGCUGGCCCUGCUGACCCCAGCUGGCGGGUGGCCGGUCGGGCAGGCGGGCGGGCGAGGAAGAACUCAGUGCUUCCUCUUCAGCUCCCUCGCGCACCGCACUGAUAGCGGAGCCGGAAGACGACGUCAUCUUCCGGCGCCGGCAUCCCUACGCGGCGCGCGAGGGAGCUGAAGAGGAAGCACUGAGUGCUCCCUCGCGCGCCCACCUGCCCGACCGGCCGCCCGCCCGCCCAGCAUCACCACUGGACCCCAGGGAUCCCCCCAACACUCCAAAAGGUAAGGAGGCUGGGGGGAUUACAUAAAAAAAAAAAAAACAUGUGUGAGUGUUAGUGUGUGUGUGUGUGUGUGUGUGAGUGUUAGUGUGAGUGUUAGAGUGUGUGUGUGUUAGUGUGAGUGUUAGAGUGUGUGUGUGUUAGUGUGUGUGUUAGUGUGAGUGUUAGAGUGAGUGUUAGAGUGAGUGUUAGUGUGAGUGUUAGAGUGAGUGUUAGAGUGAGUGUUAGUGAGAGUGAGUGAGUGUUAGUGAGUGUUAGUGUGUGUUAGUGUAGAGUAUGUGUGAGUGUUAGUGUGUGUGUCUGCUAGUGAGUGUUAGUGUGUGUGUCUGCUAGUGAGUGUUAGUGUGUGUGUGAGUGUUAGUGUGUGUGUCUGCUAGUGAGUGUUAGUGUGUGUGAGUGUUAGUAUGUGUGAGUGUUAGUAUGUGUGUCUGCUAGUGAGUGUUAGUGUGUGUGUCUGCUAGUGAGUGUCAGUGUUAGUGUUAGUAUGUGUGUCUGCUAGUGAGUGUCGUGUUAGUGAGUGUCAGUGUUGAUGUCUGUUAGUGAGUGCGUGUUUGUCAAUGAGAGUGUAUGUUUUGUAAGUGAGUGUGUAUGUAUGUCUGUCGCUGAGUGUGUCUCUGUCAGUAAAUGUGUGUGUCUGUUAGCUAGUGUGUAUGUUUGUAAGUGUGUCUUCAGCACUUACCUUUCUCCAGCGCCGGACUCCCUUGGCGCUGGGGAUCCCUCAGCCUCUCAGCUCCGAAUGCGACCGCGCACGCAUUCAAACCGCCCAUAGGAAAGCAUUACUCAAUGCUUUCCUAUGGACGUUCAGUGUGCUCCUCUAGCGGCUGUCAGUGAGACAGCCACUAGAGGCUGGAUUAACCCUCAGUGAAACAUAGCAGUUUCUCUGAAACUGCUAUGUUUUCAGCUGCAGGGUUAAAACUAGAGGGACCUGACACCCAGACAACUUCAUUGAGCUAAAGUGAUCUGGGUGUCUGUAGUGGUCCUUUAAGUGUGUGUGCAUCUGCAUGCACUGGCGUACAUACCGCGGUCGCAGGGGUCGCAGCUCUGUAACCCCUACGACCAGGUGCCCACCGCCAUGUGUUGCGGCCCGGCCCGCGUGCGGGGGGGGGGCCCACGGAUCAAUUUUCGCACCCGGGCCCCAUGGGUCAUGUGUACGCCACUGCACCCACACACAUACAGCACACACACAUACAACACCCACAGACAUACAUAGCACCAACACACAUACAGCACCAACACACAUACAGCACCAACACACAUACAGCACCCACAGACAUACACAGCACCCACAGACAUACACAGCACCCACAGAUAUACACAGCACCCACACACAUACAGCACCUACACACAUACAGCACCUACACACAUACAGCACCCACAGACAUACACAGCACCCACAGACAUACACAGCACCAACACACAUACAGCACUCACAGACAUACACAGCACCAACAGACAUACACAGCACCCACACACAUACAGCACCCACAGACAUACACAGCACCCACAGAUAUACACAGCACCUACACACAUAUACACAGCACCCACACACAUACAGCACCUACACACAUACAGCACCCACAUACAUACACAGCACCAACACACAUACAGCACCCAUAGACAUACACAGCACCCACACACAUACAGCACCCACAGAUAUACACAGCACCUACACACAUACAGCACCCACAGACAUACAGCACCCUCACAAACACACACAGUACCCUUACACACAGCACACAAACAGCACCCUCACACACAGCACACAAACAGCAACCUCACACACAGCACACAAACAGCAACCUCACACACACACAGCACACUAACAGUACCCUCACAAACACAAACAGGACCCUAACAAACACACACACAGCACACUACCAGUACCCUUACACACAGACAGCACCCUCACACACAGUACAUUAACAGCACCCUCACAAGCGCACACACACACAAAAAGCACCGUCACACACAGUACAUUAAGAGCACCCUCACAAGCACGCACACCCUCACCCACAUAGCACACUACCAGCACCGUCACACACAUCACACUAACAGCACCCUGACACAGCACACACACACACACACACAGUAGUGUGUGUAUGUGUGUAUAUAUGUGUGUGUGUGUGUAUAUAUAUAUAUAUGUAUAUAUAUAUAUAUACACAUAUAUACAUAUAUAUAUAUAUGCGGCGUGUGCUUGUGCUUUAGGGUGCACACCCUAAUGCAAUAGGCUGCGCACGCCUAUGCUCUCGCUUAUGUACGAGAUUACAGCAGUAACGUCAGCGCCGAGAAGGUACUGUAACCCCAAAUGGUAUUAAAGUGCCGCUUUAAUAGGACACAUAUGAAAUAAAACCAUACAGAUAUAAGCGCUGUGUUAAGACUCCCACUACUUCUUAGUGGUAGCAAUGGCUACCCUGGGUAGCAAUCAGCAUUAGAACGCAGAGAAAACCGUGACUUAAUUGCUACUAGGUGGCCGCCAUUCAACAUACGAACACGUGGCGAGAACAAAGGAUGGCGGCCAUCUUAAAACUCACGAAUGCGGUCAGCGGGGCUUACGCAUGAAUUGCCUGGAACUAAUUUCGGCACGGCAAAGUGAGUGUUAGAGUGUGUGUGUGUUAGUGUGAGUGUUAGAGUGUGUGUGUGUUAGUGUGAGUGUUAGUGUGAGUGUUAGAGUGUGUGUGUGUUAGUGUGUGUGUUAGUGUGAGUGUUAGUGUGAGUGUUAGUGUGAGUGUUAGAGUGAGUGUUAGAGUGAGUGUUAGAGUGAGUGUCAUAUCACACAAGCCAGUCCACUGAGGGCAGACCAUGGCAGGAGCUGUGUUUCAGUGCUCUCUGCAUGCUCCUAAUACCCUUAGCGUAACAAGCGCAUGCUCAACACUGCUGAAUUUUAAAAAAAAAUAUAUAUAUAUAUUUUUUUUUUUUUUUAAAGCAUUGAUUAUAGCCAGCAACAUUGGCAUCCUGUGAAUUGGGAUGCUGAUGGGCAGGGUAAAAUGGAGUGGACCAGUGAUGCAAAUCCGUCACUGGCACUGCUAAAGGGUGUAGACCUGAUUGAAAUUGGGGUGGCUACACCAGAAUUACUGGCAGGUAAGCAUGGCAUUAAUGCACGCCAGUCUGCCUUCAUAUCACACAAGCCAGUCCACUGAGGGCAGACCAUGGCAGGAGCUGUAUUUCAGUGCUCUCUGCAUGCUCCUAAUACCCUUAGCGUAACAAGCGCAUGCUCAAAAACGGGACACCAGAGAACAAAUCCAGGAUGGCGGGACAGGACCCUAAAAUCAGGAUAAUAGGGAAGACUACAUUGAUUGUUUAAGAUUUUAGUACAUGCAAGGGGAAUGUGAGAGAGCAUUUCUUUGGAAUUAUGGAAUUUUAAAGAUAGUUUCCUUCAGAAACAUCAGAUUCCUGAAAUGGAAUGAAAAAUAUUUAAGGGAAAAAACUCAAUACAAAUAACAUUACAUACAGAAAAAACAUCCUGUAACAAAUUGUGAAUCCCAUGCCAUAAACACUACUAGCAGUCCCAGUUGGAUUUUAUUUGUUUGAAGAAAAAAAAAAAAAAAGAGAUGGGGGUUUGACGUUUACAAGCCAUGUGGUGUAUGACAAUUGCUGCCUUGGUUAAUCUAUUGAACUACGGAAAAUAAACCACAUGAAGUUUUCCACUCGUUAGUAAUUUCCAUUUUCAGCUGCAUUGCUCAAAGUGUUUCUUUUUCAAAGGUAAUAGGUAAAAUUAGGAUUUCACUUUAUUUGAAGAAAAUAAGAACAUAACAGACCAUUACUGUUUAGGUGUUAGGUGUUGACUUAUUUCAAAAAUCUGAAGUGACAUGCGUCACUUCUCUAAGUGGAUGCAUAAAGUACAUUUGAUGUCUCCUAUAAAUGAAAUUUGUAUAACAUCUUCUUUAAAAUGCUACUAAUGCUAUUUCCACUGACGGAACAAGAAUGCUAGAGAUGUGAAAACCUCUUUUUAAUCUUAACUGGAUUUGCUUUAAAGUGGGAAAGGUCUUCAUAUCCAUAAGCUUUCAAUUGCUCAGAAGUUGAAUUAUGACUGUGACGGUAGUAUAGGGUAUCACCGUCAAGCAUUCCCUUCUUCCCAUAAAAGAAAAUCACCCAAUAUUCCACAAGUAGAAAUAUCCCUGGAAUCGCCGAAUAAUCCACACAUGAGCCAAAGCUUAAUGCUGGAACAAGACUAAUUUACUGGCACACAGAACUCACAAUUUAUGCAACACAAAACUCCUCCUCUGGGCCAGGCUAGAUAAUUGAGUUUCUACAAUACACAAAGCUCAAUUAUCUGCUGGCCAGAAACAUUACAAUUUUUAACAAUUUCAGAAACAUACUUUUUACAAGACAUACAAAAAUACUUUUAACAUCCCUGGAUAGCUGAGGAUACGGGUAGUUACAUAUCCAAAUCUCACGAAUUUCCGUUUGGUAGUUUCCGUGUCGCAUCAUGUGGAAGUUUGACCGGCUUGCCAUGUGGAGGUAUCCGAGUUAGAGUUCCAUAGAAUCAGUAGCAAGAGCCGGUCUCCGUUCGCAUCUAACUACACGAAAACCACCGUUCGUAUAGUUCAGCUGGUUACAUGUGAAUGUUCCCCUCAUUCGGUAGAUGCUAUCUACCGAACGCCAGUUUGAUUCGUGGAGGGGAACGUAUUCAUCCAGGACUUCCAUGGGGACCAGGCGUUCGCAUGUUUGCCGUGCCGAAAUUAGUUCCAGGCAAUUCAUGCGUAAGCCCCGCUGACCGCAUUCGUGAGUUUUAAGAUGGCCGCCAUCCUUUGUUCUCGCCACGUGUUCGUAUGUUGAAUGGCGGCCACCUAGUAGCAAUUAAGUCACGGUUUUCUCUGCGUUCUAAUGCUGAUUGCUACCCAGGGUGUGUGGUCUCCGUUCGGUAAACGAAUACAUUCAUUCCAUACAUAUUGAACCGAACUGAUACAGGCAUUUAAACAGCAGGGAGAAGGUUCAACUGAAGGCAUAUAUGUAAGUACAAGAGCUCCUUCACAAUGGCCCCCCUUUUACUCCCUGCUCCGGCAGACAUGACUGGACCUUUCCGGGUCCAGUGGGGCUGACGGGACUUCCAGCCAUUAGUCCAAGAAUAAGACCAUUUGGCGGGCCAGUCCACAUCCAGCAUUUAAAGGGCCAGCCCUUCCCGGGUCCAUGAACCCAUGGCAGGAGGCCGGCUAGUAGUCCUCUCCAGGUGCGCAGAUGCCUGGCCUUCCAUCUGUCAGGACCCAUGUUAGUCAAGCAGCCCACCCACAAAGAAAAAUCAGCAGAGUAGCCCCCCCACAAUAAACAGUACUGGCCUGUAGGUCCCAGGUUGUAGCGGGACAGUUCAGCAUCCUCGGUCUCCCUGGUGCAGCUAAGCAAACAGCUGGGGCUUCUUGGGGGGCAGAGGCCAGCGGUGCUCUGCCCUGGUGCCAGCUCUUCUGCUGGGAUAUCCUGCAGGGUGUCAGGCUCUGGGCAAGGUAGAAGGGUAGGGCAGAGGUCAGCGGUACUCUGCCCAGGUGCCAGCUCUUCCACUGGGAUAGCCUGCAGGGUGUCAGGCUCUGGGCAAGGUAGAAGGGUAGGGCAGAGGCCAGCGGUGCUCUGCUCAGGUGCCAGCCCUUCUGCUGGGAGGGGGUCAGUGGGUAUUGCAGGUUCAUCCACUGCCCCCAGGACCCGGUCGGGUUGUAGCUGUGGAGGGGAGGGCUUGCUUACCUCUUCCUCCCGGUAUCCCUGCAGGGAUAGUUGGGGAUCUGGACCAUCCGUCCAGCAUCCCUGUAGGACUGGCACAGAGACCACGGUCCCAUCUGCGCCAGUGUGGUUAGGGUUGUUCUCCCCCUCACCCAGUACCUCCUGCUGCGGUGGAAGAGGGAGGCCGGCUGCCCCUACUCCCCAGGGUGCUGGUUGCUGUAAGGUGGAGGGAUCUACCAUCACCUCCUCCUGGAACUCAGGCCGCCGCUGGGCAGAGAGACCGGUUGUCCCCUCUCCCUGUGAGAUGCACCGCCACUGGGGAUCUGAGCCGGAUACCCAGCAUCCCUGUAGGGCCGGUGGAGAGACCUCGGUCCCAUCUCCACCUGCCAUCUGUGUGUGUGUCCCGGACAAGUCUAUGAGGUACCUCACCUCUGGUAUCUCUUGCUGCUGUUGGAGAGGGAGGCCGGUUGCCUCCCCUCCCCAGGACGCGGGUUGCUGUAUGGGGGAGGGAUCUACCAUCACCUCCUCCUGGAACUCAGGCUGCGGCUGGGAAGGGAGACCGGUUGUCUCCUCUCCCUGUGAAAUACACUGCCGCUGGGGGUCUGGGCCGGGUACCCAGCAUCCCUGUUGGGCAGGUGGAGAGACCUCGGUUCCAUCUCCACCUGCCAUCUGUGGGUCUUCCCAGGACCGUUCCAUAAGGUUGCUCACCUCUGGGGCUGGUUGGACAGAAGAGGGUAGGGUGUCCAGGUAAUCCUCUGGGCUGAGGGACGGUGAUUGGGCUAAGUUGAACAGGCGUCGGUAGCUCUGCUCCAGCCCCCACUCCAUUGCGACCAGAUGACUCAGGUCUGGCCCCAGGUCGUCCGCUCGGGGAAGAUCCAGCAGGGUUUCCCUGAUGUUGUGGAUGUCCCAGAACCGAAACUCCGUGGGGCAUCCAAAGUCAUCGCCCUCCUCAAAGGACUCCCACAGUAAGCCCGGGCCAUUAUAAUCCUCUCCCUCGGGCAGAUAGUGGUUAGUCAUCCAGGGGUUGCGCUGGGUGGCGUACCACUUUAAUGCCCGGUAAGCUGCAUCUAGCCACAACUCCUUCCAAAUUAAAUCCCAGAGUUCCAACAACCAUUCAUCCAAGGGUUGCUCCCCUAGGAAAGGAGAGCGCAGGGCCUCGAGUACCUGGAACCGCUGCUUGUCACUGGGAAGGCUCUCUCCUCGCCGCCGUUGUACCUUUUCCAGGGCAUCGUGCCACAUCUCCGUACGAGUGACAUCUCUCCAGUCCAGUAUGCACUCCUCUGAUACAGGCCCAUCCUGUUGGGCCAAGUGCUGCUGCAACCUCCAGCGAAACUCCUCUUCCAUGUUGCUGUGGAUAGGGACGCUGCCCGUAGCUAGCUCUAUCCCUUGAGUUCCUCUGAAGCCAGGGUCGCUGCACAAGUGCUAGCGUUGCCCUCCAUGCACUACACCCCAGUGCCUUCCUUGAAUCCUCUGUGCAGGGAAAAAGAAGGGAAAAUCCCACCGCUUGCCACCAGUUGUGACGGUAGUAUAGGGUAUCACCGUCAAGCAUUCCCUUCUUCCCAUAAAAGAAAAUCACCCAAUAUUCCACAAGUAGAAAUAUCCCUGGAAUCGCCAAAUAAUCCACACAUGAGCCAAAGCUUAAUGCUGGAACAAGACUAAUUUACUGGCACACAGAACUCACAAUUUAUGCAACACAAAACUCCUCCUCUGGGCCAGGCUAGAUAAUUUAGUUUCUACAAUACACAAAGCUCAAUUAUCUGCUGGCCAGAAACAUUAAAAUUUUUAACAAUUUCAGAAACAUACUUUUUACAAGACAUACAAAUAUACUUUUAACAUCCCUGGAUAGCUGAGGAUACGGGUAGUUACAUAUCCAAAUCUCACGAAUUUCCGUUUGGUAGUUUCCGUGUUGCAUCAUGUGGAAGUUUGACCGGCUUGCCAUGUGGAGGUAUCCGAGUUAGAGUUCCAUAGAAUCAGUAGCAAGAGCCGGUCUCCGUUCGCAUCUAACUACACGAAAACCACCGUUCGUAUGGUUCAGCUGGUUACAUGUGAAUGUUCCCCUCAUUCGGUAGAUGCUAUCUACCGAACGCCAGUUUGAUUCGUGGAGGGGAACGUAUUCAUCCAGGACUUCCAUGGGGACCAGGCGUUCGCAUGUUUGCCGUGCCGAAAUUAGUUCCAGGCAAUUCAUGCGUAAGCCCCGCUGACCGCAUUCGUGAGUUUUAAGAUGGCCGCCAUCCUUUGUUCUCGCCACGUGUUCGUAUGUCGAAUGGCGGCCACCUAGUAGCAAUUAAGUCGCGGUUUUCUCUGCGUUCUAAUGCGGAUUGCUACCCAGGGUGUGUGGUCUCCGUUCGGUAAACGAAUACAUUCAUUCCAUACAUAUUGAACCGAACUGAUACAGGCAUUUAAACAGCAGGGAGAAGGUUCAACUGAAAGCAUAUAUGUAAGUACAAGAGCUCCUUCACAAUGACAUUUGUAAAAUUUCUGAUAACCAUAUUAUCUUGGACCCCAUGUUAUAUUUUUAGCAUGUCUUUGAAAUCCACCCACACGAUAAAAAUAACCCAUCUUUGUACAAUGAGGGUUCGGCACAGACUGAACUUGCAUAGCAGGAUUGAAUAAUGGAUGCAUGCAAUAGCCUUCCAGCUGAAGUGGUAGAGGUUAACACAGUAAAGGAGUUAAAGCAUGCGUGGGAUAGGCAUAAGGCUAUACUAGACUUAAUAUAAGGCCAGGGACUAAUGAAAGUAUUUAGAAAAUUGGGCAGACUAGAUGGGGCGAAUGGUUCUUAUAUGCCGUCACAUUUUAUGUUUCUAUGUUUCUAUUAACCUUUAUGAGAGCUUUCCACACUAUGCUUUCUUAAAAGCCAACAAGUCUCAGGUGAAGUGAGACUUGGCUGUCAGAGUGCGCUGAUUGGUUGGUUUAUUAGCCAAUCAGAGAGCUCUUUGUCAUAUUGGUCAUAUUUUAAUUUUUUCUGGUGUUUUCAAAAAUAUAUAUUUUAAUUAGUCGGUUACUAUAGAUUUUUAUUUGGCUUUUUUUGGUGCUGAAGAAAGUGAAGAAUGAAGACUUCUGAUGGUAAGUAUAAUUUUUUUUUACAGGUUUUAGAUGGUUUUUGUCCCUUAUUACUAUUAUUAGGGUGAAGGGAAUAGGUGACUAGGGUAUUGGCAACCAUUACCCACCCAGGUGGAGCUUAAACUUAUUUGGGUCGUGGACAAUGGCAUGUUCACCCCCCACCUAUUUCAAAAUUAAUUAGGGCCUCAACCUGUCACCCAUGGGUAGGGCUGGGGCAGGAGGCAAUAGAUCCCCUCCCACUUUAUUGUUAAUAUUAGAGCCCCCACUCCCCCUUAUGUGUGAAAGCCAGUGGAGGGGACAAAGUUGUCCCAAGAAAUGCCCAUGGGUUGGGCACAGGAGGGACUAUGUCCACCUCACAGGACCCUUCCUCAUGGGAUGCGGCCAUUUUUAGCGACUGGGAAGCAGUGGUAAAAAGCACAUAUGCCCCCAUCUGCCAUAUGGUUGGUGGGGAAAUAUGGAGGUUUCCAACCUCCAUUAUAGUAAUAUGGGGAUCUUAUUGACUCUUAUAGGUUUUUAUUUAUUUUUUUAUUUAUUUUACUAUUUUAAUGUGGCGGCUGGCUAGCAAACGCUGGCCAGCCGCCACAUAAUGAAUCCUCACUCCACCAACUAUUUUUAACUAUUUGCCAACUGGCUGUUAUUUCCUCAAAUUAUCAAUUCACUUUGCAAACAUGAAUCCUACCGGAUGCAUUCGUUUUAUCAUCAGCCGCUAUGCAGUCGUUGAUAAAUCUAUGAUUCCGGUGCUGUAAAUUGGUUCGGAUACGAAAAUCAAUGAUUUUCUGAACUCACCUGAACGAAUGUUACAGAAUCGCACAGGCCGACUGAAUCCUGACCGCAUUUGGCUUUAGUAAAUCUGAGAAUUGGCAGUGAAGUCAGAAUAUGGUCAUUGGGACAAAAUCCAAUGUUUAGUACAUAAUCCGGAUAAUAGCUUGCCCUAUAAAUAGUGUAGCAUGCUGAAGGUCUAUAGCAAAUAUUUGCUUACUUAUGCCAAUCCAACUAAUGUGUGUCUAGGUAUAUGCGUGACUCUGUUGGCAUUUAGGAUGAUGUCUGUAGCAUGUUGUGUAUGCAUCUUUGUGGCAUGUAGUGUUUGUGUGAAUAAGGGGGAAUGCAAAGUUGUCACAUCCUGAUUAUGGCGAUUUAAUAUUUUUGGAUAAGCUUCUGAAAUUAUUUAAUAUUUUUGGACAACAUUUUAAAAUAAUUUUUUCAAAAUAAUAAAAAUAUAAAAAUAUAAAUCAUAGAUAAAAAAAAAUAUAUAUAUACAUAUAUAUCACUAUACCAAAAAUCUCAGAAUAUUAAAAUAUUUUUCAAACUUUAAAAUAAUUUUAAAAGUGUAUCCAAAAAUAUUAAAUCAUUUGAAAAGCAUAUCCAGAAAUAUAAAAUUGAAGCCUAUGGCCUAGAUUGAAUAUGUUUUCCAAAUUAUUCAAUACUGUUAGAACAUUUUCCAAAUGGGUUAUCUACAAAAACCUCCCAUAGACUUUAAUGGUAACUUCUGAAGAGAAAUUAUUUGGAAAUGUUUCUAACCGUAUUAAAUCAUUUGGAAAGACCACCAGCCUGUGUGUAUGAUUGGGUGGAAUGUGUGUGCUAUGAUUGUUGGAAGUGAGGAGGGGGAAUGGGUCAAUAAUGCUAGUGGAGUGUGGUGGCGGCUAUGAAGCCAUUUGUGUUGAGUGUGGAAAGUUGGGGACACUGCUAGUGUGUUGUAUGUAUAUAUAUAAAAGACAAAAGUUUCCUUGCACUCAUGCUUUCUUAGCUAAUGCGGCAUAUGGUGCAUAAGUCAGCAGGCUGUUUUCACAUAAAAUAUCCAAAAUGAUGGCUGGACUCCUCGGGCUUCGUUUAAAAUUCAGUAAUUUUUUUGAUCCUGAGGAAAGCCCAAGAGUGUGGCUGAAACGUUGAUCUCGUUUUUAAUGUAUACCUAAUAAACCAUUUGGAUUUUAAACGAAGCCCGAGGAGUGCAGCCAUCAUUUUGGAUAUUAUAUAUAUAUAUAUAUAUAUAUAUAUAUAUACACACACAGUAUCUCACAAAAGUGAGUACCCCCUCACAUUUUUGAAAAGAUUUUCUUAUAUCUUUUCAUGUGACAACACUGAAGAAAUGAUACUCUGCUACAAUGUAAAGUAGUAAGUGUACAGCCUGUAUAACAGUCUAAAUUUGCUGUCCCCUCAAAAUAACUCAACACACAGCCAUUAAUGUCUAAACCGUUGGCAACAAAAGUGAGUACAUGUGCAAUUUCGGGCAAUUCGGACAUUCGGUUACUUCCGAAUAGAUGAAUUGCAGAAUUGUCGAAGUCCUGAAGUUCUGAAAUUACCAAAUUUCCAAAGUGCCGAAGCACAGUAUUGCCUAAGAACUAAUUUCCUGGCUAAUCAUGGCAGCAUAUACACAUGGGUUAGCUCCUCCCCUACAGCUGAUAGGACAGGAAAACCACCAAGGUUUUAAAAGGAGGCUCCAUGCUUAAGGUCCUCAGUCUUUUUCCUGUCCUACAGCCCUUAGGACAUGAGCAAUUUGCUCCCUUUACUUACGGACAUGUAUGUUGUUUUAUCUUCAUUACUUUAUUUGCUGUUUUACUGUAAUACAUUAUGCAGUUGUGCUUUUAUGCUGUGAUGCAUUUAAGCUUUGAUAUCUUUAAACUAGUGCAUUAUACAGCUGUACCUUAUUUUUAAGAUUGUGGUACAUUAUGCGGUUGUGCUUGUACAGGAAGCAUUUAAGCUGUGUUGCAUUUAAGCUGUGUGGCAUUUAAAACGGUUUCAUUUAAAUUUGCAUGUAAUAUUGUUGCAUGUAAUACCGCAAGUCAUUGGAAACUGCAGUACAUUUGCAAAACUGCAGUGCAUUGGAAAACUGCAGUGCAUUUGAAGACUGAUAUAUUUUAAAAACUGUGUUACAUUUUGGAAACUGUGUUAGAUUUGAAAACUGUGUUACCUUUUAUACCUUGAGGCCUUUAGACUGUGGUGCCUUUAAACUUUGACUUUUUGCACGUGGUUGCCUUUUAAACUUCCUUGCAGACACGUUUGUUAUCUAUUUUGCUUCCCCCUCGGUCCCAGUGAUUUAUUCCCAGUUCCCUGGGUGUUUAGGGCCCAUGUAGGCUUCAGACAGAGUUCUCUCCAUGGUCUCUAAACUGCAAACACACUCGGAAUAGGCCCACGUGUGUGCAGUUUGUGCCUUAUUGGGCCUAAUACAGAUGACUUGCAUUGUGGGAAUACAAGUUGUGGCAGCCAUCUUGGAUAAGGGCAAUUGCCAGAAAGUGCCUAAAAUAAAGGGAAAAUUACAGUAAACAUACACUUAUUGGGUAAGUAUUUGCAGGGUCUCCAGACAUGGAUAAGUGCUGUCUUUAGCCUGUUUUAAAGCUGUUUCGCUGGUUUCUUAUAGAAUUUAACAGUGCACAUUUUUUCUUUACCACAGGUAAUAUUUAGUUAUUAUUAUUUGUCAGGUGUCUGAUUUUUCACCAGGAUCUGGUUAUGAGGAGAAAACAGUGGAAGGAAUCGGUUAUGCACUGACUUCCUCCAGAAGGUUGUCGCUUCAGCAUGACCUAUCACUGUGCAGCCACAUGACAUGCGGGCAGGGCUUACAAAGUAAGUUCCAGAGGCCUUAGGGGUAAGAAAAGAGGCCAGGCUUUACCCUGUGGAGGAAGUUCUUUCCAACCCCAGAACUACACCCCCUAAGUUGCACACUUAUGGAUCAUAGGUGGAUGCAGACCUGUCCAAAAUUUUACGCCUACCAUUGCAGGAGGCCAGCCAGCUGUGAUUUCCGCUGCUGUUUCUACAAACAUGAAAUAUGUGAUUAAAGAUCUAAAGGCUACUAUGGAGAGAAAUAUUAAAAGUCAAGAUUGAAGAGGCAGUCUGAAGUCUUCAGGUUACCACUGACUUCUUCACAGAAACUUCCCUAGAUGUAACUAGGACAUUCUCUGGAUCAAAUGGCUUUAUCUAUAGCAGCUAAGAAAGCAUUAUGGUUCUGUUUCUGGUAUGAUGACUCAUGCUCCAAGUCUGCCCUCUACACCAUUCUAUUUGAAGGGGUGGUGCUGUUUGGGAAAACUUUGGAUUAUUCCAUUGAAAAGGCGAAUGAGAGCUGCAAGAUAUUGGUACCUUAAGAUGGAAGUUCCAAGGAUCCCAGCUCCUCAUAGUCUGACCGGAGAACCUCCAGUGACCAGUAUUUCUGAGAUACAUGGAGCUACUGGCCCUGCAGGGAAUACUCCAGAGGUAACUCAUGGCAGUUGGUAAACCUGCCUUUCAAGGUUCUAAUGGAGCUAUAACGCAGUCGUUUUGCUCUUCAGCAAUGAACAUAUCUCCUCCAGUACUAGCCUCAUUUUUCUGAUCACACAUACCUGGGCUUGUCAUACUCUGGAGGCUUGAGUGGUAUCCAUGGUCCAGAUUGAUAUAGACUGGAGUUUCGGGCACAGGAGUCUCCAUACCAACAGGAGUAUUAAGACCAAUGAAUCAAAAGGUAAAGCACUGAAGGAAGAAGCCUUCUGGACGCAGAGGUGAUUUUUUUUUUUUUUAGGUCCCAGAACAAGAGCAGUUCCAGGGACAAGUUUCACCUCUCUUCUGGUGCUAAGAGGAAAAGCACAUGAAAGCCUACACUGGACCUAAGAGGGGCCAACAAGAGGCUGAAUGUUAGAGUCUUCGAGAUGGACUCAAUCAGAUCCAUAUCUCAAGCAAUCUGGAAGGAUACUUUCCUUACCUCUAUAUAUCUCAAGGAUGCUUACUUUCAGUCCAAUCUGCAGAGAUCUUCGGCAUUAGCUCAGAAGAGAACUUCCAUGUUAGUGCCCUACCAUUUGGCCUCAAUGCGGCCCCAAGAAUUUUUCUAUGUGCUUUUAGUGUUAUUGAGAGUCCAGAACUCCACCUGGUUCCAUUAUCUGGAGGAUCUACUUCUGAUAGCCUUAGACCCCCAGAAGGCAGGCACACAUAGGUAUAUAGUUCUUUCAUAACUCCUAAAGUUUGGCUGCUUGAAUAUCAAGAAAAGCAGUUUCAGACCAGCUCAGUGGUUGACAUUCCCGAGUGGAAAAUUCUAGGCUCUGCUUUUCCCUAUCUCGGGAACAGUUCCACAGAUUGUAAAGGUUUUCUCUCUUAGUUUCUUCAUUUCUGCUUGGUAACAGCAAGAAAAUAGAUGCAACUACUAGGAAUCCUGGCUUCCACCAGCAGACUUGUCAGAUGGGCUCAAUGGCAUCUCUGGAUUCCUUACAGAUCCUUCCUAUCUUGGUCUAACCAGAGAAAGAUUAUUGGAGCCAGCCACUUACUAUGUCCCCAUCAGUGGAGUUGACCUUACCCUGGCAGCUGAAAGAGGGAUUAGAUCUGAGUUUCCAGUGAACAGAACCUCAUUGGUCAAUUAUUAGCUCGAAUUCCAGUUUUUUGAUUGGUUGCACAGUGUUUGGACCAUGUUGCACAAUAUUUCCAUUCAUUUGUAUGGAAUUGAGAGUAAUUUUCAAGGCUCUUCUUCACUUCAGAGGCUUGCUGAAGAAUGAGGGGGUCCAAAUUUGCUCAAAUAUCAAUGCAACUGUAUCCUAUAUCUACCAAGAUGGGUCUCACAGAUACGUAUUGAUGGAAUUCCAGCCCAUAAUGAUCAGGGCACAGAAGAACAACCAGUGGCUCAGAAUACCAUGGCUGUUUGCUGGAGCCAAAUAACUGUGGACAAGGUGGAUUGGCAACCAUGUCCUGACGUAUCCUCGUGGUUGACGCAGAUUGUCUGAUACCCUACAUAGAUCUGAUGUCCAUUUCUUGGAACUACCAGGUCCAGAAGUAUUUUUUACAUGCUAGGACAAGAAUUCUCAGGUUCAGGAUACACUGGCUCAAAUUUAGAAUUUUAGUCUGAUGUACAUAUUUUCCUGUUUUCGACCUUCUUAAAAAGGCAAUGCAAAAGGUGACAGUGGAAGACCGUGUCGACUAAUUCCUAUGAUGAAUAAGAUGAUUCUGGAACCUCCAAGGGAAAUUCCUGUACGUCCAGACCUAUUACAAGGCCCCAUGAAACACCAGGAUCCUCAAGUUCUGGUGUUGGUGCGGGAGUCCAUAUUAGUAUAGGCAUCCCUGAGACGGUCAUUGAGAUCCUCUUACAAUCAUAUACAGGCUUUACUAAGCUUGACAUGCUUUUGUCUGUUGGAAUAACUCCUCGUUCAGGCCUUGAAAGGUUCUGUGUUAUAACACUCUAGAGGAGCACUUAGCUGCACUUUGCUUCAUAUAGGCAUUGAUUGAAAUCAUGCCUCCACUGAGUGUGGUGAAGCCAAUAUGUGACAUACCACUGGUCACACGGGCCCUGACUGAACCAUUAUUCGAACCUCUAGAAGGAGCUUCCAUGGUGGUAGCACAGAAAGUGCUGGUGGCUGGUACCCCAGCAAGGAAAAUGGGUGAACUCCAGGCUUGAUCCUGUGAACCCCCUUUCACUACUUUUCAACAGAUAUGGUCGUCUUGCAUUUGGCACCUGAAGAUCCUGCCUAUGGUGAAUGCUUAUCUAUGUCAUUCUCUACCUGUACUGAAGGGUACCGAUUGAUGCCCCUGGUGCUUUGCUUCAUGUAAGCAACAAUUUAACUCAAGCCUCCGCUGAGGGUGUUGAAACCAAUAUGUGACGUACCACUGGUCUCACAGACUCUGACUGAACUUCUAGCAAGGAGCUUCCAUGAUGUUAGCCCAGAUGUUGCUGUUGCUGGUGACUGGUACCUCAGCAGGGUGAAUGUGUGCACUUUGCUUCAUAUAGGCAUUGAUUGAAAGCAUGCCUCCACUGAGUGUGGUGAAGCCAAUAUGUGACGUACCACUGGUCUCACGGGCCCUGACUGAACCAUUAUUCGAACCUCUAAAUGGAGCUUCCAUGGUGGUAGCAUAGAAAGCGCUGGUGGCUGGUACCCCAGCAAGGGAAAUGGGUGAACUCCAGGCUUGAUCCUGUGUACCCCCAUUCACUGAAUUUCAAUAGUAUAUGUUUGUCUUGCAUGUAGCACCAGUGAUCCUGCCUAAAGUGAGAGCCUUUCAAUGCCGUUCUCUACCUGUAGCAAAGGAUUUGGGGCAUUCUCCACUAGUGCUGUUACGGCAUCUUCCAUGGCAUCUUCCAUGGCAAUGGUCUCUGCUGAAACUUUGUAAAGUUGGCAUUUGGACCUCUUUGAACUAGUUUGUCCUGCAUUACAUAUUGGAAAUUGAAGCAAUUAAUGAGGCACAAUUUGGACGUCACGUUCGUUCUCUACCUGUGCUGGAGGGUAUCAGGGCACUCUCCUCUCAUGCUGUUGCAGCAUCAUGGGUUGCCAUGGCAAUGGUUUCUGCUGACACUUUUUGUAAGCUAGCAUUUGAACCUCUUUAGACAUGUUUGUCUGGCAUUUCAUCCUGUUCGUUAAAACAGUCUAUGAUGCACAAUUUGGUACUCAAGUACUUAACUCAGUUCAUUCUUCUAUCUAUGUUGAAUUAUUCUAGUAAUUUGAUUGGCUAUUCUGUCCCUCCCUUUGUAAGCUUGGGUAUUCCCCAUGUGUAUAUGCUGCCAUGAUUAGCCAGGAAAGUGGAAAAUGUAUUCAUACUUACCGUAAUUUUCUUUUCCUGGCUAUUAUUCAUGGCAGCAUAUACUUCCCACCCAUUAAUGUCUCGAUUUAUGUACUGUAGAGCUUGUAAACUGACUGAGGACCUUAGGGAUGGAGCCUCCUUUUUAAAACCUUGGUGGUUUUCCUGUCCUAUUGACUGUAGGGGAGGAGCUAACCCAUGUUUAUAUGCUGCCAUGAAUAAUAGCCAGGAAAAGAAAAUUACGGUAAGUAUGAAUAAAUUUUCCACUAUACUUACCAGUGGAAGAAUUAAGAAUGUUACACUGUAUACAAUUUUAAAUAAAAAGUAUACAAACAUAGCCAGGAUUCAGCUGUAAGCAUUUGCAACACUUACAACAAUCAAGUAACAUACAUUCAUAUAAAAUGUAAGUUACUUAGCCAGUCAAUGUAAUGGCAGGACUGAAUAAGUAGAUAACUCCCUAAUUCCCACGGUAUUAGGGAGCUAUCUACUAAAAGGCUGAAAGACCUAAAUUGGUCUUUCAGCCAAAUUUACUAAUACUAAGUAAAGAUUACUUGGUAUUAGUAAAUUAUGCCCCUACUUGCUAUACCGUAAAUAGGGGCAUGUCUAUUAAGCCUGUGGCUGCUCACUUUAAAAAAACGUCCCCCCCCUCUCCACCCAUGAACGGCGGGUGGGGGACCUAGAGUAAAAUAAGGGGGGGACCUAUUGUCCUCCCCCUGGCCCCCACCCAUGAGCGGUGGGUGGGGGCCCUAAAUACCAAUAAGGAGGGGGAACCUAUUUUCCUCCCCCCUGGCCCCCACCCCUGAUCGACAGAUGGGGCCCUAAAUAAAAAAUUAACCCCCCCUCCCCCAGGUGACUAGGGGUCCCCAAACCCCUAGUCACCCCCCUACCCAAAAAAACUAACCCCUACCUAACCUCCUCACCCUAAAAAUAAUGAGGGGGGGGGGGCAUUAACUAAGUACCUGUAAAAAAAAUAAAACUUAACCAUUUGAUGUUUUCUUUCUUCUAAAAUCUUAUUUUUUCAGUCCCAAAAAAAGCCAAAUAAAAAACCAUAAUAACCGACGCACUUAAAAAAAUAAAAAUAAACGAGCUCAAAACAAAAUAAUCCUUCUUCACCCAUGGAGGGCUCCAUGCAGACUGAGCUCUGCAGGGCGGGGGAAGGUUUAUAAAGCCUUGCCCCGCCCUAUUCUUUAAUUAAUAGACAUGCCCCUACUCGCGGUAUAGUGAGUAGGGGCAAAAUUUACUAAUACUAAGUAAUUUUUAAUUAGUAAAUUUGGCUGAAAGACCAAUUUAGGUCUUUCAGCCUUUUGGUAGAUAACUCCCUAAUACAUGGGAUAAUAAGCGGCUGCAAGAGACGUUCCGAUGUGUCAAAGUGCCGAAGUGCGGAAGUCCCGAAUUUCGGAAUGCCAAACCAAACCGAAAAUUUCCCCCAUGCACAUGCCUACUUACAGCACCUUUGUCGCAUAAUGGCUCUUAUUACACAGCACUCUUUACGCAGGUAGUUUCUGCCAAAGGCUGCCUAGGGCUUACUUGUGAUGAUAAGAUAGGCCUGACAGCAUGGAACUUUGUAACUGCGUUUUAACAAGAGAUCAUUCAACAAAAUAGACAGUUAUAGGGCUGAUUCAGGGCACAAAGUUCAGAGGCGGAAAGAGGCUGGCAUAGUGAAGAGUGCUUCGGCCUGAAUUGUAUGAUGGCAUCACAGGUCUUAGCUUUGAACAUCACAGCUCUACUCCUGUCUGUGAAAUGGUUCCUAUAGAAACAGCCUUGAAACUGAAAUUACUUUUGUGUAGGAGUACUUUUUUUUUUUUUUUUCUACCUCUCGUUAAUUUGCUUUCUGCUUUAUUUCCUCUUGGCCACAGUGCAACAAAGUAAAUGCAGUUUAUUUAGAAUUAAACAUUUUAAUGUUGCGCUCUGCAGUCUGUACAUAACUGUGUUCCAUUACAUUAAUUACUAUGUGUGUAUGACGCAUAAAAUCAUCAAACCAAACACUGAAAGAAUGUGUAGAUUGCCACAGCAGUAAAGAAUUAAUAGGAUUACACCAUUAUUUCAUUGUAUUGCUCUCAAUGAGUGGAGUAAGGGGAAUUACACACAAAUUUCUCUCCACAAGAGAAAAUGAUAGAGAAAAAACAUUUGGACAGAUUUAGUAUAAUUAUGAUGAUGAUUAUUAGCAUGUAACACCAGCAAAUGUAUGCAGUGUCUUGCAAAAAUAUUCAGUCCCUUGACCACUUUCUCAGAUUUUACAGAAAAGAAGGGUUAUAUAUAUAUUGAACUUGUGUUCCAUGUGAUACUUUAUGUAAACAUUUAAACACAAAAAUGAUUUAAAGCUGGAAUUGAAGAGUAUUUAAAAAAUAAACCAAAAAUGCAUUUUGCAAAAAUAUUUCUAUAGUCUGGAUGUGCCAUAUUAGCACAGCUGAAAAAAUUGCCAGUGGAUGUUAGACAUGUGCAUUUGUUUCAUUAUGAAUCCUAUUUUGUACGAAUUUUGCAAACAUUUGGCAGAAUUGGAAAUGCAACAAUUCGAAAAUUUUCGUAACAAAUGGAUUCAACGUUUUUUGAUUCUGUUCAUUUUCAUAAAGGAUAGCAAAUUAGGGACUAGUAUUAAAGGCGCACUAUAGUCACCCAGACCACUUCAGCUCAAUGAAGUGGUCUGGGUGCCAGGUCCCCAGGUUUUAACCCUUCAGAUGUAAAUUGCAUCGUUAAUCCAGCCUCUAGUGGCUGUCUUCCUAACAGCCGCUAGAGGCACUUCCCCGGCACUCAAUGCGAAAAUCGCAUUGAGCACGCAGAACGUCCUUAGGAAAGCAUUGAGAAAUGCUUUCCUAUGCGUGCUUUAAUGCGCGCACGGCUCUGGCUGCGCACGCGCAUUCGGCUCCACACAGGAGGAUAGGUCACCAGCGCCGAGGGAGCCCGGCGCGGGAUAAAGGUAAAUGGCUUUUAAGCAACUUAAAUAGCAAAAUGAAGAAAAUAGCCUUUUUUUUUUUUUAGUCUUAAAGGGACACUGUAGGCACUCCAGACCACUUCAGUAGAGCUUGUGGAGAUACUUUUAUAACCCUUUCCAGCUUUAUGCAAGUCAACAAUUCUUAAUCGUAGGUCUUCUGAGAGCUCUUUUGUGUGAGGCAUCAUUCACAUCAGGCAAUGCUUCUUGUAAAAAGCAAACCCAGAACUGGUGUGUGUUUUUUAUAGGGCAGCUGUAACCAACACCUCCAAUCUCAUCUCAUUGAUUGGACUCCAGUUGGCUGACAUCUCACUCCAAUUAGCUCUUGGAGAUGUCAUUAGUCUAGGGGUUCACAUACUUUUUCCACUUGCACUGUGAAUGUUUACAUGGUGUGUUCAAUAAAAACAUGGCAACAUUUAAUUCUUUGUGUGUUAUUAGUUUAAGCAGACUGUGAUUGUCUAUUGUUGUGACUUAGAUGAUGAUCAGAUCACAUUUUAUGACCAAUCCAUAUCAUUCCAAAGGGUUCACAUACUUUUUCUUGCAACUGUAUAUCAUUUUAUUCAGGGGAAAGAGGGCUUUCAUUUAAUAUCAAAUAUUUAGCUAUGAAACAUAAUUUAAUAUGAAAAAAAUGGGAGAAAAUAAGACAUUUUGUUAUUUUUUUAGCUCUACAUGACAUUUUAACUGUCAAUGUCAUAAUACUGUUUGCUUUUACUGCAAUAAAAUACACAUAUUUGUAUUCAGCAAAGUCUCACGUGUAAAACAGUACCCCCUAUGUACAGGUUUUAUGGUGUUUUGGGAAGUUACAGGGUCAAAUAUAGCACGUUACAUUUGAAAUUGAAAUUCGUCAGAUUGGUUACGUUGCCUUUGAGACUGUAUAGUAGCCCGGGAAUGAAAUUUACACCCAUAAUGGCAUUUCAUUUGCAAUAGUAGACAACCCAAGGUAUUGCAAAUGGGGUAUGUCCAGUCUUUUUUAGUAGCCAUUUGGUCACAAACACAAGCCUUAUAUUUGACGCUGUAACCUUUGAAAACACCAUAAAACCUGUACAUGAGGGGUACUGUUGUACUCGGGAGACUUCGCUGAACACAAAUAUUUGUGUUUCAAAACAGUAAAAAGUAUCACAGCAAUAAUAUCGUCUGUGUAAGUCUGUACGUGAAAAAUGCAAAAAACUUUACUUUUUUACUAUAUCAUCGUUGUAAUACAUUUUACUGUUUUGAAACACUAAUAUUUGUGUUCAGCAAAGUCUCCUGAGUAAAACAGUACCUCCCCCCCCCCAUGUACAGGUUUUAUGGUGUUUUGGAAAGUUAUAGGGUUAAAUAUAGUGCUAGCAAAUUAAAUUCCCUAUACUUUCGGCAUGGGUUGUCAGGCAGGUCCCACUAAUUGUAAUUAAUUAAGAUACCUCAUUAUGUAAAAAUAUUACAUAAAUAUAUAUGUAGAAUUAAUAUAUGUGUGUAUAUAUAUAUAUAUAUAUAUAUAUAUAUAUAUAUAUAUAAUUUUUCAAAAUAUUUUUAUUUAUAUAUAGGUAUGUAUAUAUAUAUAGUGAUAUAUACGUAUAUAUUUAUGUAUAUAGAUUAUUUCGUUCUACGUGUAUUUUGAUACAAAUAUAUAUAUAUAUUAAUAUCACAUUACAGUUAGAAUGAAAUAACACACAUCUAUAUAUUUUUUUAAUUAUUUAUUUUUAAUUAUUUUUGACAUUUUAUUUUUUAACGUAUUUACAUAUUUUUUUAUAUUAUAUAUAAAUAUAGAUAACAAUAAUUAUAUAUAUAUUUAAUCAGUAUCAGUCUACGUGUAAUUUGAUAUUAAUAAAUAUAUAUAUAUAUAUAUAUAUAUAUAUAUAUAUAUAUAUAUAUUAAUAGUAAAAUACACCUAGGCAGUGUAUGUAUGUAUUUGUGUGUAUAUAUAUAUAUAUAUAUAUAUGAUCUAAGUAUAUCAUUUUUUUUUACACUGAUUUUAACUUUAAUUUAUUUUAUUGCCAGCCAGCAGGGGGACUAACUGUCAUUACAGGCAGUCCCCUUGCUGGCAAUGCAGCAGCCAGCUAACCCGGCCAUGUGAUUGUUAUUUCCUCGCAAGGACCUCACUCUCACAUGGCCGUGGGGGACCGGAGGAGGCAGGAUCUGCCACGAUCUGCCACGGGGGACUCCGUGGGAUCCCAGAUGAGUCUCCCCAACCAUGAUCGCCGGCGUCUGGGUAAGUAACAAAAAGCAGGAGGGCGUACUAUUACGCCCUGCGGCGUUUAGAUCCGCUUAGAAUAGGCCGUAAUAGUAUGCCCUCCGGUUUUAAGGGGUUAAGGAUGCCAAAUUAGGACACUGUUUAGUAGAUAGCUCUCUAAUUUUGUACCCUUACAUGGGAUUGCCCUGUUUAGGAUACCAAAUUAGGGUGCUGUUUAGUAGAGCACACUAUCACAUACACUGUCAUUUCCCCAUACAACCACACUGUCAUAUGCACAUUCAUUUAUCCAUGUGUGCCCAUUUAUUUGUCUACACGCGCACAGUCAUGCUCUCUGUCAUUUACCCAUGCAUUCACAGCGCCGGAGUGGGAAGAAAAUUCGGCCCAGGCAUUUUUUAACCCCUUAAGGACUGAGCCAAAUGUAAAAGGUUUGAUCAAAAUAAAAUGUAAACAAAACUUGUUGGAAUUUGACUGUAUGUCUGUUCAACUGUAAUUCACCUUUCAUAUUAAGUGCACCCACACCUAUUAUAUAUCAUUUUAUUCAGGAGAAAUGGGGCUUUCAUUUAACAUCAAAUAUUUAGUUAUAAAACAUAAUUUAAUAUGAAUAAAAUAUUUAAAAAAAUGUGAGAAAUUAAGAAAUGGUUGUUUUUUUUUUAAUUGUGCAUGACAUUUUAACUGUGAAUGUCAUAAUACUGUUUGCUUUUACUGCAAUAAAAUACACAUAUUUGCAUUCAGCUAUGUCUUACAUGUAAAACAAUACCCCCUAUGCACAGAGUUUAUGGUGUUUUGGGAAGUAACAGGGUCAGGUAUAGCAUGUUACAUUUUUCAUUUUUUUCACAUUGAAAUUCGCCAGAUUGGUUACGUUGCCUUUGAGACCGUAUGGUAGCCUAGGAAUGAGAAUUACCCCCAUGAUGGCAUACAAUUUCCAGUAGUAGACAACCCAAGGUAUUGCAAAUGGGGUAUGUCCAGUCUUUUUUAGUAGACGCUUGGUCACAAACACUGGCCAAAGUUAGUGUUAAUAUUUGUGUGUGAAAAAUGCAAAAAACAAAUUUGAACGCCAGUUUUGGCCAGUGUUUGUGACUAAGUGGCUAGUAAAAGUGACUGGACAUACCCCAUUUGCAAUACCUUGGGUUGUCUACUUUUGCAAAUGGUAUGCCAUCAUGGGGGUAAUUCUUAUUCCUGGGCUACCAUACAGUCUCAAAAGCAGUGUAACCAAUCUGGCGAAUUUCAAUGUGAAAAGACUGAAACACAAGCCUUAUGUUUGACUCUGUAACUUUUGAAAACACCAUAAAACCUGUACAUGAGGUGUACUAUUAUACUCGGGAGACUUCGUUGAACACAAAUAUUAGUGUUUCAAAACCAUAAAAUGUAUCACAACAAUUAUAUCGUCAGUGUAAGUGCCGUUUGUGUGUGAAAAAUGAAUCAAAAUUCACUUUCACUAAUGAUAUCAUCGUUGUAAUACAUUUUACUAUUUUGAAACACUAACACAUUUGUGUUCAGCUAAGUCUCCCGAGUAAAACAGUAAACCCCCAUGUACAGGUUUUAUGGUGUCUUGGAAACUUACAAGGUUAAAUAUAGUGCUAGCAAAUUAAAUUCUCUGAACUUUCUGCCUGGGUUAUCAGGCAAGUCCCGCAAAUUGUAAUUAAAAAAAUGACUUAAUUAUGUAAAAAUAUUACAUAAAUAUAUGUAGAAUUAAAAUAUAUAUAUAUAUAUAUAUAUAUAUAUAUAUAUAUAUAUAUAUAUACAUAUAUAUUUAUGUAUAUAGAUAUAUAUAUUAUUUUGUUCUAAGUGUAUUUUGUUAUCAAUAUAUAUAUAUAUAUAUAUAUAUAUAUAUAUAUAUAUAGUCAAAAUACACUGUAUUUUAUGUAUGUGUAUGUAUGCCCAAUGGCCAGUCCGGGCCUGUACAUGCACACAGUCAUAAACACGUUCACUUACCCAUGUAUACACACAGUCAAAUAUACGUUCAUUGUACAGCACUACGGAAUCUGAUGGCGCUAUAUAAAUAAUAAUAAUGAUCAUAAUUAUGUGUAUGUGUGUGUAUAUAUAUAUAUAUAUAUAUAUAUAUAUAUGUAUAUGUUAAGGCGGGGCCUGUAGUUCUGGGAGGGGUUAACUGGCCUAUUUAAAUUCCAACCAACCUCUAAUCAUGCCUGAGAUCGACUCUGACUCCAUUGGCGUCCACUUCCGGUUCCAGUCAGACUGCACCUCCAGUAGCAGCAAGGAUUCCAACAGCUCUCAGCCAACAUCAGCCUGACACAAGCCUGCUGGCCACUGUUGGGUCUCGCCGCCGGAGCACCCAGACCGGGCACACUUCCGGGUCUGGUAAGUACAGCUCCCCCCACCAACGCACAUAAACACUCGCCAGGAACAACCCUCACCCCGGACGCACGAACGCUCUCCCUGACGCAACGGGCCUUCCGGGUACACAGCCCGGCAAUCGCGGGGCAGAGGGGCCGGCAAACACAUACACACGUGCCGAAUCCACCCCCCCCCCAGCAUACUGUGAUCUACCAAAACAUAGCAUCCUUCAUGUGCAUGUAUUAAAAGCUCCUGUUAUAAACCAGUCACCAUAGCUUGUGAAAUCACAACCUCAGUAUAUAAUUAAUUAGAACGAUUGUCCAUUACAAGGACAGCUCUUUAGCACCCAGAGUAUACUUUGAAAAUUUCACAAACUCUUUUUCCUUUUCCUGUCAUGCGGUAUCUCUUCCGGGUUAGGCACUUCCGCAUUGCGGAGUCGGCCCCGCCCCCUUCUGACGCGGCUCUGACAGUACUUAGGGAGACUGCGCCAGGGAGAAGGCGCUUGGUGAUUGUGGGACCUACUUCCGGGUAUACACGCUGGCUCCACGAGCUCUGACAAGCCGUCCUAGCCUUUGAGCGAAUGCAAGGAUUGCUGCAUGCCAUAGAGGAUUACUGGAGAACGGAUACUUUGCUAAUUUACAAGUGGACUAUAACUCUGAACUCUUGGAGGACAACUCUCCAUAACCUUAAGUAUAUCUUUCAACUAUUGUCUGCAAUAUCAUUUAUUAAUGAACCAAUUCCUGCUUGCUCAAAUCUUCUCUGCUUUAAGUUACUUCAAGUUAUUAAUUAUGUGGAGGACAACUCCCAUCAUGCUUAUUUACUAUGAACUGUUUCUUGGAACCAAUUCCUGCUUGCUCAAAUCUUCUCUGCUUCAAGUUACUAAUUAUAUGGAGGACAACUCCCAUCAUGCUUAUUUACUAUGAACUGUUUCUUGCUUUGCAAAUACUCUCUACUACCUGCUUAUGUUUUUAUUGAAGAUUAUUCCCAGCAACCUAAAGAAUCUUAUUUAAUACUUCUCUGAGGAAAUACUUAUUAAUGAACUUUGUAUUGUUUGAUAACCUGCACUUUCUUCUUAUUGCAUUAUUGCCUAUAUGCAAUUCAUUUAAGUUUAUCAAUUAUUAAAACUUUGUUUGAUUCUCAAUUUGCCAGCAAUCCUCUCUUUUCUUAAAGCUACAGUAUUGAUACUUUAAAGAUUCUUCAUUUCUUUACUAUUGUAAUUAAGGAGUUCUACACGCUGCAGUUGAGUUCCAAUCCAAAUAAACCAAGUAGCAUAACAUUUCCUCAUACAUGUAUUUUAGCUAGGCUACUCCUAAUCUAGGAUCACAACCUCAUUGAAUACCUCACUACCACAAAACAGGUAAGUGAGAGAGUUUUCUAGUUUAAAUUUCGGUUUUAGUUGUAUACUCACCCUAAUCAUCGCCUAGGUCUCCCGAGACAACUCAUAGUCCACGAACUUCAAUCCAGUAUCCACCUGAAGCUACGUUCAGGUAAUUCAUACCCCAUUUGACCACGCUCACAUACGUCAGGCCGGAAGCAUUAAUCGUUCCUUAUCUUAGGUCUCCAAGCCAUCUCAGGCAACUCUUGUACCGAAACAAGUUCUACAUAGAACAUUAUUUCCAUACUAGAGGUCAAAGCAAUCGUCCAAACUCGUAAGGCGCAUGUAAGUAUCGUCCUGCAAUUUCCAUCUAUUACUCCCAUUAGUAAGCACACCCUGUCAGAUCAACAGGUAGCAUGGCCACCACAAUGGCUCCAUGUCAACCUCAAAACGAAAAUCACGCUCACACACCUUGGAUAGAUCCAUUAAAUUCACCACCGGGGCACGACAUCCCCAAAUUGUUCCAUAGUUCACUCUACGUUUCACGACAUUACACUUAGUUCGGUACUCACAGGUGGGUACCGCUCCGCCCACCGGCAUCAUGAGUAAAACGUACCAUGGACACUUUAGAGCACCCUAAUUCACACCACCGUAACUAGGAGAUCACUCCCUACCGGAAGGAACCUAACUCGCCCAAUAGCACCCUUCCUCCUAAACAAUCGAUUACUCCUAACUCAUGUGCUUACUCGUGUUAUAGAAUGUCACACGCUUCGGAUGUAGCUGAGGAUGUCUCCCUACCCAGCACCCCAGCCAGAAUCUCCAGCCCAACCAGACCAAGUACCCCAGUCCAGGGUCUCUACGUUCUUGGACCAUACCCAAGAUUGCAGCAGAACUCAGGAGACGAGGCAUACCAUAACCGGCCAUGGCUCGUAAAGCAGAACUAUACCGCCUCCUGAAUGCCAACCCCGACACCCCAAGACCAGGCACCAGCACACAGGCAGCUCACAUAUCAUCACUCCAGCCCACUUAGUACCCCAGGCUAUUAAGAAAGACAUUUUAGAAGGGAAAGACGUCAACCUGGUAUCUCUCCUCAUAGCAUUCCAAGACUUGGUAGAAAACAAGGCUUACUGCUAUGGGGAGUUAUCGGUUGUACUCAAGGCUAGGGAUCCCAGACUCAACAAGAAGCUAUCCAUCCAUGACUUUGUGAUAGCAUUUGGCCUAUACAGGGACGUCAUAUGUUCUGUCUUCCCACAACGCAGAGAGGAGCUGGAUCUUUACCUCCACAAAUUGGUCGACCUAUGUAACAAGUACGGAGGCUAUUCCUUCUAUGAUUAUCAUAGGUAAUUUUUGUAGAAGGCGGCGGCAGCACUGGUUUAGUUUAACAUACGCUCAGACUGGAGCCAACUAGAUACGGAACUAUUCUACUGCCACUUCGCUGGCCUCAAGCCUCCGUCUCGUGCCAUUUGUGCAUCAACCGCACAUUCCACCAAUUUGUGCCCCUCCGAACUGAGCCUCCACUAGCCACGCAGAGGCCACCCCCAACAAAUCAGACAGGGUACUAAAAGACAAACUGGGCAGACCCAUUAUUUUUUUAGGCAAAGCACAGAUAUGCAACAACUUCAAAGUAGGAGGUUGUAGCUUCAGCGCUUGUCGUUUGUUGCAUGUCUGUUCCCUCUGCUUUAGGGCACACGCAAAGUCCAUGUGCCCCUAACCGGCUUUUCCCGAGACAAUGACUCACCAAAGUUAAUAUUAGCAAUCUCACCUAUUAUCUCGCUAACCACCCCUCCCCUCACUUGAUCGAGUUCCUCACCACGGGAUUCACCGAAGGAUUCCACACCGGGCUAGUGGCACUCCCGGGGAGCACGCUAGAAUGCAGGAAUCUUCAAUCAGCCAUCUUAGACCCCGACACCACCGACGCACUGCUCACAGCAGAAAUCAACCACAGGUUUAUGAUAGGCCCCUUCGCACAACCCCCCUAUGCCAGUUUCAGAACUAACCCAAUUGGCAUUGCAACCGGGAAAUUUAACAAUAAAAAACGCAUGAUCAUUGACUUGUCUGCACCUCAUUCGUCCGUGGUUCCUAGCAUUAAUUCUCUAAUACCAUCCAGCAAGUUUUCACUGCAGUAUGCCACAGUGGACAAUGCUAUAGAGGCAAUUUUGAAAGCAGGUUACAGCGCCUGGUUAGGAAAAACCGACAUCGCUAACGCUUUCAAGUUGCUACCUAUACAUCCGUCUCUGUGGCGCUACUUCGCAACACGUCUGAUGUUUGGGGCCAAAAGCAGUCCCAAACUAUUCGACAAAUUCGCCAAAACACUGUGCUGGCUCCUACUAAACAUGUGUGGCUGCCCGGUAGUAAUAGACUACCUGGAUGACUUCCUCACAGUUGAGGAACCUAAUUUUAUUCCCCACAGCAUUGACGAAACUGCUGCAUUUUUCUCCAUACUAGGAGUCCCGUGUGACGAAGUGCCCUUCGCCACUUGGUCCUGGAGAGGCCUGCUUGCCAGCCUCCUCCCCUGUGACUAUGACUCUUUGAUGUAUUUCGCUUUAAAUCCCCUAUUCUACCUUCAGACAGACUAUUUAUGUAGGUUGCUUUAUUUCUCUUAUGCUUUAGUCACCCUGUACCCAUUAUAGGUGCAGGGUGUGUGUAAUGUAAUUGUUUAUAGUGUGUGUGUGUGUACUGUGAAAUGUAUUGCUUGCUCUCCUGUACUGCUGAGGUUUGCUACCAACUAGGUGGAUUUGGCUAUGGAGCUUGUCUAGUGCCCUCUGUUGGCAGCAACAGCAAUAUGCACUACCUGAAUAGCAAGACUGGUUCAUUUGCACAUUCGGGUAGAUUUGCAUAUUGCUAAUUCUGCAGCCACGUGAAAUAUUUUCUGUUAAAUAUUGUCUACCCCACCCCUCUAAAAAUAUGCCAUUGUGUUAUAAUAAGUCACUGUACUCAGUCGGAGUACGGUGAGCUCCGUUACAUCCCCCUAUCAAGGGACAAAACUAUAAGUCCUUCUACAGCCCUAACCUUUUUAGGUAUCCAUCUUGAUUCCACAUCCACGAUAGCUAGCCUACCAGAAGAGAAAGUUAACCGCAUCAUAAACGAAAUCACAUGGUUCACACACAAUAACAAUUGCUCCCGCAAAGAGCUGCAAUCUGUUCUCGGCUCCUUGAACGUCGCGAUCCGCAUAAUACCACAGGGCCGCGCAUUCAUUUCACGCUUACUACACCUCCUAAUGGAGGCCCCUUACGACAAUACGCCCAUUCUAAUCAACAAUAACGCCAAGGCAGACUUGCUUAUGUGGGGUAGGUUUCUCUCCUCCUGGAGCGGGAGGUCAAUGUUCAUACCCCCUCUGGACGAGAAAUCCCCGGUCAUAUGCACCGAUACAGCAGUCCACACAGGGUUCGCAGCCAUAUAUCAAAACCAAUGGCUCCACCUUUAACACUACAUCCUCGCUAUUCAAACUUUAUCCGAUAGUAGCAGCAGCACACACUUGGGGCUCAUUGUGGAAGGGAAAAGCAGUUAAAUGCCUCUCAGACAACGAAGCCACGAGCGAGAUCAUAAACAAAGGCAGAUCUUCUUCCCUAGUCAUUAUAAGGCUCAUGAGGAGACUCACCUGGCUGGCAGCAACACACAAUUUUCACUUGGUUUGCAUACACAUACCUGGUAGGGACAAUAUCGCUGCUGAAGAGCUCUAGCAUGAGGAAAAGGCCCAGUAUUUGUUCUGCACAGCGCAAGCAUUUUUAUUAACAUGCUUGCAAUGUGUUUGCUUGCAACUUGCCUCUGGUGUCUCCAUAGAUGGGAUACCAGAAGACAAAAAUGCCAGGAAAGAGUAUUGUGCAUGUGUUUAGACCUGCUUGUGGGAUUGCAUGUGUGUAGAGUGAGCUGAUUGUGGUGUGGUAUUGUGUAAAUAAGUUGGUUUUAGUUGUGUUGUGUUUGUGGUGUAAUGUAAUGAAAGUGUGUCUAGGUAAUGCAGAGAGAGUGUUUAUAGGGGAUAUAGUGUGUAUAGGGGAUGUAGCCAGUGUGUGCAUACGGGCUGUAGUGUGUGUGUGUAUAGGUGAUGUAGUGUGUGUAGGGAUUGUAUAGAGUGUGUUUUUAGGGAAUGUAGUAUGUGUUUGCUUACAAGGAAUCUAGUGUGUGACUAGGGGAUCCAGAGUAUGUAUUUCAGGAAUGUAGUGUGUGUAGGUGGUGCAGUGUGUGUGGGUAUGUAGAGGAUCUCGUGUAUGUUUGAAGGACCCAGAGUGUGUGUAUAGGAGAUCUAGUAAGUGUGUGUGUAGAGGAUUCAGAGCGUAUAUAGGGAUCUAGUGUGUGUAUGCGUGUAGAUGAUCCAGAGUUUGGUAAGGGAUCUAGUGUGUGUCUGGAAUGGAAUGUGUUUAGGAGUGCAGUAUGUGUGUGAAUGGUUCUUAAGUAUAUAUACAGAUAUGUUUGAACGUAUUGUGUGUGUGUGUGUGGUGCAGUGUGUUAGGGGGGUGCUGUGUGUGUGUGUGGGGUGCGGUGUGUAUGAGAGGAGUGCACUGUUUAUGAGAGGGUGCACUGUUUAUGCAACGGGUGCAGUAUGUGUGUGUGAGGGUGCUGUGUGGGUAAGUGAGGGGUGCACUUUGUGUGCGGGUGCUUUGAGUGUCAGGGGUGCUGUGUGUGUGAGUAAGUGUGCUAUGAGCUGUAUGCGUGUGUUAGUGAGGGUGCUGUGUGUGUGUGAUGGUGCUGUGUGUGUGUGAGGGGUGCAGUGUGUGCGAGUGAGGGUGCUGUGUUUGUGUGAGGCUGCUGUGUGUGAGUGAGGGUGCAGUGUGUGUGAGGGUGCUUUGAGUGUCAGGGGUGCAGUGUGUGUGAGUGUGUGUGUGUGAGUUACCAGCCUAUUACAGUCUCAUAAUAUAGCUUAAAGAUGGGGCUUCCCACCCAAACUCAUAAGAAAUGGAUCAGCAGGGUAAUCACCUCACCAGAAGAUGGCGUGAAAGUGCUUCACACAUGUAAUAGUGACUAUGGACCUAUUGUGGAGAAUACCCCAGUGUCGCAAGGCCGACUAUGCUGGCCAUGUUUUACAUCUGUCACGGUGCCUGAUCGGCACCUCCGUGUGACCGCACCAGAUCAGUGCAGUCACACUAUCGCAUUGACCGAUCGGCACCACAAUGUGACCGCAUCUGAUCGGUGCAUUCACGCUAAAGGAGGGAGAGGUUACUCACCUUACCUCCAAAACCUCUCCCUCCGUGCAGUUUGAAAUUCAGCAACCGGGUCCAGUGUUAGGAAGGACGCCGGCUGCUGCAAGGCGGCGCUAAUUAUUAACACCGCCAACAAUGACGUCACUAGUGACAUGAACGUUCAUGUGGCGUCACGUUUUAGCUCCCAAUAUGGGCUGAUCACAAAGGCUUCUUAGCUUUCAUAUGGCCUUCGUUACUUCAUGUUCUAACCACAUAUAGUAAUGAGCUCCCGCACACUUCAGGGCUUAGAGCCAGAUAGUCUAUACUGAUAAUUCUCAACCUACCCACUAUUCUAAAGUGUCACUUAUAUGUUGAAUGUAUUAUUCAUGUUUGUUGUUGAUAUAAACACUGUUGCACAUAGAAGGCUUAUCAAUAAACUGCAAUCUUUAAGUUUGGAUUCCAAUAUUGUUGAAUGGGUAAGGCAGUGGCUGAGUGACAGGCAACAGAGGGUUAUUGUUAAUGGAAUAUAUUCGAAGCUUGGACUUGUCACCAGUGGGGUACCUCAGGGAUCUGUACUUGAACCCAUUCUCUUUAAUAUUUUUAUUAGUGAUAUUGCAGAAGGUCUUGAUGGUAAGGUAUAUCUUUUUGCUGAUGAUACUAAGAUAUGUAACAGGGUUGAUGUUCCAGGAGGGAUAAGCCAAAUGGCAAAUGAUUUAGGUAAACUAGAAAAAUGGUCAGAAUUGUGGCAACUGACAUUUAAUGUGGAUAAGUGCAAGAUAAUGCAUCUUGGACGUAAAAACCCAAGGGCAGAGUACAGAAUAUUUGAUAGAGUCCUAACCUCAACAUAUGAGGAAAGGGAUUUAGGGGUGAUUAUUUCUGAUGACUUAAAGGCAGGCAGAUAAUGUAAUAGAGCAGCAGGAAAUGCUAGCAGAAUGCUUGGUUGUAUAGGGAGAGGUAUUAGCAGUAGAAAGAGGGAAGUGCUCAUGCCAUUGUACAGAACACUGGUGAGACCUCACUUGGAGUAUUGUACACAGUACUGGAGACCGUAUCUUCAGAAGGAUAUUGAUACCUUAGAGAGGGUUCAGAGAAGGGCUACUAAACUGGUUCAUGGAUUGCGGGAUAAAACUUACCAGGAAAGGUUAAAGGAUCUUAACAUGUAUAGCUUGGAGGAAAGACGAGACAGGGGGGAUAUGAUAGAAACAUUUAAAUAUAUAAAGGGAAUCAACACAGUAAAGGAGGAGACUAUAUUUAAAAUAAGAAAAACUACCACAACAAGAGGACAUAGUCUUAAAUUAGAGGGACAAAGGUUUAAAAAUAAUAUCAGGAAGUAUUACUUUACUGAGAGGGUAGUGGAUGCAUGGAAUAGCCUUCCAGCUGAAGUGGUAGAGGUUAACACAGUAAAGGAGUUUAAGCAUGCGUGGGAUAGGCAUAAGGCUAUCCUAACUAUAAGAUAAGACUAGGGACUAAUGAAAGUAUUUAGAAAAUUGGGCAGACUAGAUGGGCAGAAUGCUUCUUAUCUGCCGUCACAUUCUAUGUUUCUAUGUUUCUAAGUUAGCUUCUUGGAGAAGUUCUUUGAUAAAAUAGAGUCCCUGAAAGAGGGUAAAGUUGUAAUAUGCAAAGAUUUUAACUGAGAUUGUAACUGCCUUCCCUAAUACAAGAACAGAAACUGAGCUCUGGUUUACACUGCCUAGUCCUACAACACAAUCUCCAUGAUAAAAAGGCAGAAAAGUAAGUGAAGAAAAUCCCUCACUCACAACAAACAUGUAGCCUCAACUCCAAAAUUAAAUAAGCAUGGAUAUACUGGUUUUCAUCAUAUUUAUAGUUCAAUAGGUGCAAUAACAGGGUAACCUUCUCGUGCUGGAAUCCCCAGUAAUCAAAUGAUACUUCAUGUUGAGAAAGCACCCGGAGUGUUGCAAAAUGCAUCCAGGGCUUCUCUAAUCUUUCUUAAGGGUGGGCUUCUUUGGUGGUCUCCCCCCUCUACAGCAGCUGUGGGUGGUCCUAUGCUCUGGUUUUGGACUUUUUAUACUUUGUUUACGCACAACUUUUUUUUUCAUUUUUCACAUGCUUUUCGCAUGCUUGGACCAAUACAGCAUACAUGAGUAUUGUUUUUCUAGUAUCUUGCCAUAUGUAUCUUAUUUUUUACUUCAAUAAAUGUGCAUUUUGUUUCUAUAAUUUUCUUCCUGAUGUAUUUUUGGGAAUUCCCUAUGAGUGCGGAUCAACAAACUUGUCCUGUGUGAAGUACAAUCUCCAUGAUGCCUGGAAGGUGCUGAACCCAUUCAAGGAAGAUUAUACAUUCCAUUCUGCUGUGCUCAAAAAAUAAUCGAGGAUCUGUGUAGAUGGUUAAAUUUAUUUAUUUUAUUUAUAAAAUAUUUUACCAGGAAGAUCUUACCAAUGAUUACAAAAGCCACAAUAGAAACCAUUAACUGGUCCGAUCAUGGCCCAGUCUCCAUCUCUAUAGCAAUUUCUCACCCCAACAGGGGACCUGGAAAGUGGCGACUCAAUGAGGACCCAAUGGAAGACCCUCAAAUUACUCAAAAAGUAACAACAGUGAUAUCAGACUUUUUUCAAGCUAACUCCAAUCACGAAUCAACUGCUGAAAUAAUAUGACUAGCACACAAACCAACCAUCUGUGGAAUCUUUAUCCAGCAAAGAGCCAGGAAGAAAAAGGUCUCACCAAGAAUUAUGAGCAACUAUCGGCAUCAUUAAAGAACCUAAAGAAGAAACAUAAAGCCCAGCCCUCAGCUCAACUUCUACAACUCAUCUGUCAAACAAAACAGAAGCUCAAAGAGACAAUAUAUAAGCAACGGGCCGUCAUCUACGCAGACUGGCCCAUCCAUUUUACUCACAGGGCACCAAAGCGGGUAAGUUACUCAUCAAUAAACUGAAACAUAAAACUUUCAACAACAAAAAAGUUCCAUUCUUGUGUACUGAUGAUGGAGUAAAACUAACAAAUCCCUCACAAUGUAAAUGAACUAGCCUCUUACUACCACUCAUUGAAUAACUUACAUGCUGACAUUACUGCUCCUUAACCAUCAGCCCAAGAAACCUUUGAAUAUUUGGAGGAAAUCACUCUGUCUCAAGUCUCAGUUUAACAGAACAGAGACCUGGGUCCCCUAUUGCAAAGCAGAAAGUACCGAAGGUUAUUAAAGCCCUCCCUCUUACUAACUGUUACUAUUGCAUGUUCUUUGACCUACUAGGGCCCGAUUUAAUAGACUUAUUUAAUUAAAUUAUGCCCUUUGGAAAUAUCCCCCCUGAGAUGCUAACUACAACAAGUGUGAUCCUACAUAUACCUGGCAAAACGUGCACCAAUUUUUGCCCUCUAUCUUUACUUAACUGAGAUACAAAACUGUAUGCGGGGGGCGGGGCCGGGCCGGGCCGCCGGGCCGACUGGAGGCCAUUAGCUUGAGCUCCGGCUGUGAGCUCGUGAUAACAGCACAAAAUACUGUUCCUGACCGCUUAAAAGACGGAUCCUCCGACACCAGUGCACGGAGAAUGACCUAAGCUUUUACCCGCUACCCGCAUGAAACUCCUCGCCUGUCGGGUGAGUGGAGGCGGCCAUCCCCGGCCUACCAACGGCUGAGAAUCCGACCGCAUGCGCAUCCGCGGGGAAGCGCUGAGCCGAGGCACCCGGGCAGAAGAAGCCACGAGAGGAGUACUCCGACAAAGAGCAACUCCCGGCCCGGGGCACGGCCCUGUCCCCCCCCCGGCCGGUGGGGGUUAUCCCAGCCACAUGGCGACCGCUCGUGCCGUGACGGGAGCCCCCGCUGCGGUAACGUGCUGGACGCCUAUACUGGCAAAGCCUGCAUACAGCACAGCCAGCCAGCAGAUGUGGGAGCUGAUAAGGUGGAAGCCAUCCGCCUUCAAGAGGAAGCACCUAGGAAGGGUGUGGAGCAGAGCAACGGCUGUGUGGAGGACGGCCAGCCGGCAGAUGUGGACACUGCCACGGUGGGGAAGGUACACUCACCUGAGGAGGCAAUCAGGCAGAGAUAAAGGAGACCUGCACUAUUACAGAGGUUGGAGACCUAAUGCAGCUGCACCCCACUGCCUGUGUAUGUUCUCCCUCAAGCCACCAGUGACUGUUCAGAGCUGUAGUAACCAUGAAGAAUACCAACCAUGGCGAGCUGAUCCAAACGGCCGAUACGGACUUUGGCAUUGCUGAGCACCAGAUGGAUCCCUCGUGAUGACUGCCAGCCCGUCAGAAAAAGUGAGUGCCCAGGCAUCUGGGUCUGGGAGGUCCCCGGAGAGCCUUGUCCCUGAUGCUGGGAGCCCUGUGGGGCUGGUCUGCGUGGCCCCCCCGGCGGACCGGUGGCCGGGGGCGGCGGGCACCGGCUCCAAGUAUGUGGCCGGCGCCCGGAGAGACAUUGGGACACUCGCUUCCCUGGGCGGUGUUGGGGAGGUGCAGGGAGCAGGAGGCCCGCGGACUCUAGGUGUGGGGGUCAAGUGGACUGUCUCUGCCACCGAGUGCCCACAGCACCGCGGGGGACCCAUGUGAUGGGCUGGGGUCGCUCCAGGGAGGACGGACGGAGACUCGGCAUCCCAGGAGAUGCACUGCGGCCGUGCCACGGGAGGCCCUCAUCGGACAGAUACUAAGACCAGCCAGGCUCCUUUACUGUUACAGUUAUUACCGUUAAUUUAUUUUUGCUUUGUUCUGUAUACAUCCAUCCUUACCGCAUGCCUAGUUCACAACACAUUAGACGCAGUAAUAGGGCUGCUAGCUAUGCCUAAACCCCUGCUUCACGAUGCCUGACUAACAUAUCGUAUAAAAACGUGUGUACUUGAGGUAGCAAUGGGACCCGAAUAUAGUUUUGGUAGGGACGCUACAGAACGACACCCCACGUGGUCCUGCUGUCUUCAGCUGACAAACCUUAUUAAAUUGCAAAAUACAACACCCUCUACCACAACACACGCCAUAUUGCUAUAUAUCGCCUCACCGGGAGACAGGCAGCCACCCGACGCUCGCUUUCACAGUGCUCAGGAGAUAAGCUCCGUUCAAGACACCUAGCGCAUGCACCUGGCUCAAGAAGAGCCCGCUUAACGCACACAGACCUGAACAUUUAGCCACGCAUCUAAGCAAGCACUGCACGUAUUGACCAUUUCAUACUUAGCACCCGCAUAUAACGUGCACAACUUUUGAAUCUUAACUGAGCUUCCCUUUUGUCAGUCCUAAUGCUAUAGUUUUUUUUUAGAUUUUAUACAAAGCCAAAACAAAUCUCGCAAACUUAAUGUAUACUUAAUCUACUUAACUGCAUGUUUUUUUUUUUAACCACGUAUAAGGCUACCUAUGCGGAAAGCGCCAUCGCACGCAAAGUUAGACAUAGGAAUGGCUCAGAUGACUAAACAACCUACAUAAUGCGUUAUUAUACCUGUUAAAUGCCCUUGUUAUACCAAAUCUUGCAAAGCCUGUGUACAUCCAAUUUACUUUGCUUUAUUCUCGUCUCAUCUGAUUUAUAUGCCUCUGCGCAGGCAACCAAAUGUUAUUUUUAGCAAUUCAAAAAAAAGUCUGCCUACGCUUCUUUGCGACUUUAAUAAACAUAUUUAAAACAAAACUGUAUGCGAAUGUCAUAGCCACUAGACUCAAUAAAAUCCUACUGGAAUUAGUAUGUAAGGAUCAGUCUAGCUUUGUCCCUGCAAGACAUGCCACAGUCAAAACCAGAUCCAUAUUCAAUAUGAUAGAACAUGCCUAAUUCAAGUGUAGCCUGCUUUCUCCUAGUUUAGAUGCAGAAAAGGCUUUUGAUCACCUUAAUCUGCUGUCCUAUAGAAAUUGGAAUGUCUCUGGCAUUUUUGAAAGCCUUUUAUAUAGCCUCCUCCGCAAGAAUUAUGAAUUGAAGUUUUCUAUCUAACACCUUUUCCAUUUUGAAUGGAACUCGCCAAGGAUGCCCACUUUCUCCAUUAAACCUAGAACCUAUUAGUGAAAAAAUAUGUCCUUGUUUGAGAAUGACAUCCUGCAUUGCCUUACUAACCCUUUAAUAUCCCUGCUGUUCCUUAUCAAGAAACUUACAAGAUACAGUGCAGUUUUGUAUUACUGAAACAAUGUGGAGAAAACACAAGCCUUCCCUAUUGGAAUUCGAAGCACUCAAGUUCAGCUACUAAAAGAGAAUUACCAGUUCGAUUGGAGAAUAGACUUUAAAACAUACCUAUGUGGGAGAUUUGCAAAUUCAAAACAAAUUCUAUUGCAGAAGACCAAGACAAUAGUUGAAGCAAGGGACAAAAACAAGCUUUCAUGGAUGGCCAGGAUGAACUCAGCGAAAAAUGUCUAUAUUGCCUACAAUUCUAUACCUUUUCUGCAUGUUGCCCAUCCAAAUUCCUGAUAAAGUGUUGAAGGACUUUCAAACUGUCUUAUCCUCAUACAGAUGGAAAAAAUGCCUCCCUUGAAUCUACAGUAAAACAUGCAGUCAACGGGAGAAUUAGGUAUCCCCAACAUUAGAAACAACUACUACAAUGCUACACACUCGCUCAACUUUUCUCGCUGAGCACAAGUGCCUUCAUAUCGCUUUGGCUCAAUAUAGAAAACUCCCGUCUGGAACCAUUCUCCCUCAAGCCCUGACCACCACAAAACACUCACUGAAGAUCUGGUCAACUAAAGCACCCUAUUUAGUCCGUAACCUAUCGCUGUUGCAUUGUGCUCCGCUGCUCACUCUCUGUCUAUUCACAGAGCACCUAAACCUAACUUAGCGUAUCUCAUGCGAAGUUCACCAAGUGAAAUAUCUCAAAUUUCCCUAUAUGAUAAAUUUUGAGAAAAAAACUACACAAGAAUUUCAUCAUAGAAGCCUGGAAGAAUACAAUAUCACAUAUACAUGGAGCAUCAGAUUUUUAGAUCUUUGGGAAUCCCUGAAAAACUCUUCCACAGAAGCUUGCCCACAUGUUCUCUCUUUCCCAACUUGCUGGCAAUGUCUGAAGGAAGAUGAUGCCCUAAUCCAUAUUUUUGGAGUUGCCCCCGCUUACAACAAAGACACCAAAGCAUCCGAAACAAGAAUGGGGCUCCAACUUCUUCCUAAAGUUUAUUUACUUGAAAUGUCCCCAGACAUGAUACAGGGCCUAGCUAAAACUAUGAUAGUACAUAUUUUGUUUGUUGCUAAGAAAGCUAUUGCAUCUUUCUGGAAAACAAUCACUAUGCCGACAAUGGAAAUGGUUCAAGACCACCUUAUCACAACCAAAAUCUAUGAAGAAAUGUAAUCUUACAGAUACAUACACAUACACACUGACACUCACAGAUACACACUGACACUCACAGAUACACACACAUACACACUGACACUCACAGAUACACAGAUACACACUGACACUCACAGAUACACACUGACACACCCAGAUGCACACACAUACUCGCAGAUACACAGAUACACACACAUACACACUGACAUACACAGAUACACAGUGACACUCACAGAUACACACUGACACACCCAGAUGCACACACAUACUCACAGAUACACACUGACACUCACAGAUACACACAGAUGUACACAUACCUAAACAUACACACUGGCACACACACAAUUUGCAGCUUCCAUAAUGUUAAAGGACCACUAUAGUGCCAGGAAAACACUAUAGUGGUCCUUUAACAAAAAUUGCCCCGUUGCCCCCCCCCAGAUCCGCCACUGGUUAUCACUAGGCUGUAAUGUAAACACUACCUUUUCUCUGAAAAGACAGUGUUUACGGUGAAAGGCCUGUAUAGAAUGAUUCUACUCACCAGAACAAAUACAAUAGGCUGUAGUUGUUCUGGUGACUAUAGUGUCCAUUUAAACACGGAUAAAAAUGUAGAAGGGAAGGAUUAUGAUUUGAGAAGACAUUUCCCCCAGCUAAAAGCAGAAAGCUGGGCACCAAAAAUGGGUGUGAAUGGAAAUAACAAUAAUGUGUGAUGUAAUGUCUGUUGUUUGGAAGAGGCAGAGAGCACCAGUGCAGAGAUAUGAAAAUAGCUCUUUGGUCAAACCGGCACUGUCAUGUUUUCUUUUUUUCUUAAAUUUUUCCUUUCCGUAUGUUUCCUGUAUUUUAUUGAUUAUACAACCCCCUUCUCUUUAUUUAUAUUAAUUUCCUGGCACACUGUCUGUCUGCUGCACUUCUAUGUACAAAAGAAUAACAGAAUCCCAACUGUUGUGGACCAAACCAAGUGUUUGAUGAUUUGAAUAUCUGCCCCUAACCAAAUUAUUUAUAUUUAAUGCGUGCCCGCUCCUGAAGUAAUUUCACACUGGACACAAGUAUCUGGCCGAUAUGCCCCUUAUAAAGCAAGAAUACAUCAUAUGCAAAAUUAUAGAUAACAGAGAACAUACAUCAAUAAUUGGUAAGGUGUUAAAGGACCACUAUAGGCACCCAGACCACUUCAACUUAAUGAAGUUGUCUGGGUCCCAGGUCCAGCUAGGUUCAACCCUUUUUGCUGUAAACAUAUGGGUUAAUCCAACCUCUAGUGGCUGUCUCAUUGACAGACGCUAGAGGCGCUUCCGCACUUCUCAUUGUGAUUUUCACAGUGAGAAGACGCCAGCGUUCAUAGGAAAGCAUUGAGAAUGCUUUCCUAAGAGACUGGCUGAAUGCGCGUGCCGGUCUUGCCGCGCAUGUGCAUUCAGCCAGGGAUGUCAGAAGAGGGAGGAGAGUCCCAUUGCUGAGGGAGCACAGUGCUGGAAAAAAGGUAAGGGAUUAACUCCUUCCUCCCCUCUCAGCGCCAUGGGAAAGGGACACUGAGGGUGGGGGCACCCUCAGGGUACUAUAGUGCCAGAAAAACGAGUAUGUUUUCCUGGCACUAUAGUGGUCCUUUAACUGUUUUAUCUAAAGCACGUCUUUCAAGGUGUGAUGUCACUGUCAUCACGGGAUUUUACUCCGGAUUCCAGCGCCAUCUUGUUACACGAGGUAGUUAGUCGAUGGGUGGGGUUGCCUCUAGUAGCCAUUUUGAGUAAAUAUUGAAUAUGAGUAUGUAUGAGUAAAUAGACAUUUUACUAAUUCUAAUUUACGUCCAUAACACAACUACUCAUCCACUGAGAUCAGAGGGCGGGUAGUGGAAUGGUGAGCUCAGACUUCACAAUCUAAAAGAGAAAAAACUAACCUUUAUUAAUAACUAGAUCAUAAUUACUCAGAGCAAAAAGAAAACCAGAAACCCACCCCAAGUGUGACGUCUCUGGGGUCUGGCCGAAAAAGGUGAGAGUAGAGGUAAAGGUACAGGAAAAGAUAGGGAGGUAGAUGGUAUCCACCAAACAAUUAGGUACAGGACAGAGCUGGAUUAUCGAGAGAGAGCAAUUCCCUAUAGAAAUAACCUAAAUACAGGUAAGGAGAAUGGGAAUCAAAACAUCCAUGCUUCCCUCAUAUAUGCAUAAGUUAGAACCAAAGCCUAGGUACGGAAAAAAGAGAAAAAAAGGGGGGGGCACAUGGACUAAAUUCUCUAUCUACCAUAACCACUGGAGUCUAGAACAUUUUUUAAUAAAAGCAGCAAACAAGCAUAAAGUACAUAAGCUAACUACUGUCCCUGAUUACCUCGGCACCGCACAAGACUAGUGUCUACCUAAACCAAAGACCAAUAAUGUGAAGUUAAAGAAACGCUCGAUGCACGCUUUGGCGUGUACAUAAGCCGUCGUCAGGGGCAGAAUGAGCAAAGUCAUCUAGGUGAGUUAAAUACUACUAAUUAGCCAUGUGUGUCUAACCCAAUAAUGGGCUCAUCUUUAAUUAGGAAGCCAAUCACAUCAAACAUGUGGCCACAGAUAGGCCACGCCUUCCGUAUAGACAGACGGUUAUUGGUUAAGAGUAUGUGUCAAUCAACUCAAAGAGGGCGGACUCAAACUUUGGAGUCUCCCUGAGUGGAUAAAUGGAUAAAAUAAAGAAGAGGUGUGCUUAUCACUGGGUUCAUUAACCAGACAAGGCAAAGUCGCAGUAUAACACCUCUUAUACUGUUACCGGGAAACUGACGGAGGCCAAGCACAGAGAGAUGGACACAGGUUUCUUCAGGAAGGAAGAGAUCUUUAUUCGAUUCACCGACCGGGACUCAGAGGGACUUAUGUCACCAAAAACAGCAAAGAUCUGAGUACUGAAUACAUAGAGUACAUUCCUUAUAUAGCACUGUAGCUCUUCCCAUAAUUAGCUACGCCCACACAUACCCUUAACCUAAUCAAUGAAUAGAGUCUAAACUCAUCCAUCCGGUCUAACCACGUGGCUCAUCUGAAACAAAGGAGAGGGACGCGUAAUUCCAGUUCCUGCAUUCCUGCACAUGCUCAGUACAGUGAUGACAGUAUCUUAGCUACGUGUAACUAACUAACUGAUACUACAAACACAUGUACCUACAUAUGCCUUGUGGCAAUCUUGGCCUGCUAAACUUGUAUUUUACUGGAAUUCCAUCACAUUCCCCCCUUUGAUGCUUCUGAUUUAAAAUAAUUCCAGAUGCAUCACCAAUCAUAGUUUGCUUACACCUCAAGUUGCCAUAAACCAGACUAGACUUUGCGAUCCUCUAAAGAUACGAACCCCUCAACAUUCCUCUUCCUGCAUGUAUUCUCCUUGAUCUAGAGCUUCAUACCUGCAAACAGCCAUUACCUGUGCUGCGGCCUUUCUUUCUGCUAUACUUUCUAUAAUGCUCUGCAUAGACCUAAUUACCAAAGGAAUCAGACAUGGCAGAAGGAGACACAACAUCAAAAUCAGUAUGACUCCACCUACCAAUGCCUUGAUUCCUCCAAACUGCUCAUACCAACUACCAAACCAACUACUCGGAUUAUACCCUUUCCAUACCUGAGUAGGUACAUGUGCUAGCUUAACCAUAUGGCUAGUAAGCUCAGCUAUUGCUUGCCCUUCAUCAUCUAUUUGAAGACAACAAUUGCUUAGAUUAAACUUCCCACAUACACCUCCCUCUACUGCCAAUAGGUAAUCCAAAACUAAUCUAUUCUGGUAGAUGGCUGUCCUCAUCCUAGUGUUAUGCUUCGCUAGGAGAUUGAGCGCUUGUGAUGUUUCAUUGGUAACUAUCUCAACUACUGCUUGCAAUCUUAUAAUACGAUUAAGCAUAUAUAUUGGGGUUCUGUAUCCAUAAGUACCAUCCUCUGCCCACGUAGCUGGCCCAUAAUAAUCUAUAAUACGCUGGGGAGGCCACUCAUCUUCCUAUGAUUUACAUCAUAUACUUUAACUCCCAAAGUUUCUCCUGUUUCAAUUGGCAACAAGAAGAAGGAUGGUUUGAGCAUACCCAAUACACAUGCCCCUUCCCAGUCCUGUGGUAACUCCGAAUAUGCUUUCUUACCACAAAUCCAGUACAAAUUUGCUGGGGCUUUCCAACUAGAUGUAGCAGAUAGGUCAAACCAUACAUCCUUUAAAUUGGUAUAAUUUGCAAACGGAUUAGACGGUUCUGAGACAUUUGAAGCUGACCACCAAAUAGUAUCCUUUGUAUCGUCAUUAUAGGCUUUCUGCCCUAAACAAGUCAAUUCUCCUACAGAUGUAUUAAACAUUAUUCCUUUCCUUGCUAUACAAACAUAACCUAUAAUGGAGGUCUUUAAUCGCCACUCAGAUUUACCUCUAACACUCACUUGAUAAUCAGAUUGAGAAGAUAUUAGUUGUUCAACUGUCUCAGAACCAGAAUACAUUACCUCCUUUGCUUCCCAAGGCCAUUGGUCUCCCAUAUUAGUACCUCCACACACAUAGCAGUUGGUUACAUUAAGACUACCAGCAAUGCUCUCAGCUAGGUCUAUGAAUAAGUUUUUGGCAUUAUGGGGAACCUUAUCUUCCACACUCAUCUCCUCAUAAAAAGAAUGGAAAACCUGAUGAGUCUGGGGGGCCACUGUAUCUGUCUCUAUUCCUAUGUAUAAUAUCAUCCCAGGAUCCAAACCUGUUCCAUAUAUUUGGAACCCAAAUAGAUUCCCAAACUUAUCUAUAAAUAGCUCUGGGUCCUUGAUAAGUAUAUGGACUGGGUUACACUCCAUAGACUUACAAUAUGGCUUGGUAGGCAAUCUAGUGAUAAUCAUAUCCUUAUCUACUGUCUGUCCCCAGGUUGCCCAUCCCACACAGGACCAAUACGGACAAUAAUUGUAGUCUUUAUUUAGGCAGUUUGGAUCUAUAUACUUAUGCUUAUUACUAGGACAAAUAUACUUAUCAUUAGACCCAUACGUUCUUUCCCAUUUAAGACCACCACAUACAUUCCAUGGCUUCCUACUACCUGAUAUCGCCUUACAUGCAUCAAAUAGCAAAACACCUGGAGAAUGUACGCUUUCUAGUACAGUCUUAUUUAUCAGGUUCCCCUGUGCGUUCUCAUUCCGAAUAGUCAACCAAAUUGUACGGGGCUGAUACUCAGGAUUAAAACACCUAGGUUCUCCUGCUCCUAUAUGGCAUACACUAUAAUCUGUACCUAGGUAUCUACACUUUGAUACAUGUCCUGUGCACUCAUAUUGCGAAUGCCAAAUAAGGGUCUGGGAAAUACGAUUGCCUGUUUUCGUAGUCUUAAUACAAACCUCGCAGCCUGGUGUGUCGGUACCUCUACCUUCCUGAAUAAUUAAAAACACACAUAUAUACAUCAUCAAACACAUUACUCCUGACAUCUUCUUCCUAAUUCUUCGACCGUGCGACGGCACCUCAGCUUCCAGGCGUGUGAGGGCUGCAGGGAAUGGAGUCCUUCUGAUCCUCACAGAGGAUUCCUCUGGCUUAAACGUUGGUAGGUGGUCAGGCUUUAUUGUGGCCGUCAAAACACCUACUUGUAGAUCUUUGUUGAUGUUCCCUUGUAACAAUACUCUUCGCAAAAAACACUUUUAAUCUAACUGGGUCACUCGCUUCAACCGGAUCUUGCAGGGAUUCUCAGGAUCUUGAGUAGCUUGCCAAGAACCUGCUGCUGGUUUAACCCUGGAGUGAUGAAUCCACGGAGUCACCUCUGAAACCUUUAUAGCUGUUGGAGUAGACAAAAGAACAGCAUAAGGAUCCCUCCACUUUGGCCCCAACGGUACACUGUUCCACUCCUUUAUCCAAACUUGGUCUCCUGGAUGGUAAGAAUGGACAGGUGGAUAAAUAUUUACAGGUAACCUAUCUUGUACCCAUUUCUGUACCUCCUCCAUAGUUUUACCCAACUCUACAACCUGCCGCCGGGUAAUUCCUUCUCCCAACUGACUCAAGUCCCCCCUUAAGUUACUAAGUAUGGGAGGUGGACGCCCAUACAUAAUUUCAAAGGGUGAUAGACCUAACUUUCUGGUAGGUGUACUACGAAUGCGCAACAGAGCUAUUGGCAAAAGAACAUUCCACUUGAGUUGGGUUUCUUGACACAUUUUUGCCAACUGGGUCUUAAUGGUCCUGUUCAUCCUUUCCACUUUCCCAGAACUCUGAGGCCUAUAUGCUGUAUGAAGUUUCCACUUAAUACCAAGCAUAUGAGUCAGUUGUUGUAGGCACUGAUGGACAAAAGCUGGACCAUUAUCUGAUCCUAUAGAACACGGUAGUCCAUAUCGGGGUAUUAUUUCUCGCAACAGAAAUCACACAACUUCUCCUGCUUUCUCUGUACGAGUUGGACACGCCUCUACCCAUCCUGAGUAGGUACACACAGCUACUAGUAGGUAACGAUGUCCGCCGGAUUUGGGCAUUACCGCAUAGUCUAUUUGGAGAUCGGACAUAGGAAGCCCUCCCAUGUACUGGACUCCCGGUGGUUUCACUGGACCUUGCCUUGCAUUGUUCUUGGCACAUGACACGCAUCUUCGAACAAUGGCUUGAGUCAAGUUGGACAAUCUUGGUAUGUAGAAAUGAUUCCCAAGAGAUUCUUCCAUACUAUCUCUUCCAGAAUGUGUCCCAUUAUGAUAAUUCUGGACAAUUUCUACAGCUAGCGAUACUGGAAUAACUAUUCUUCCAUCUUCUAACUGAUGCCAAUUAUUCUCCAAAUAUUUCCCAGCUUCAGUCUUUAACCACUCUACUUCUUCAGCUGUAUAAACUGGAGUCCACUGGGACACAGGGGUCGGUAUAAGAGCUGCUACAUACUCCACAUAUUCUUUUUGUCCGGAUUCAGCGGCACGCUUGGCUGCACUAUCUGCCAUCCGAUUUCCUUUCACCACAUCACCAUCACCUUUCAGAUGUGCUCGACAAUGUAUGAUACCAACUUCCUUCGGCUCCCAUACAGCUUCCAAUAGUUGUAAUAUCUCAGCUGCGUACUUGAUUUCUUUUCCUUCUGAGGUCAGUAAUCCUCUUUCUUUAUACAAAGCUCCAUGGGCAUGAGUGGUUAAAAACGCGUACUUUGAGUCUGUGUAGAUAUUUACUUUCAACCCUUCAGCCAAUUGCAAAGCCCGUGUAAGUGCGAUUAAUUCUGCCUUCUGUGCUGAUGUUCCUUUUGACAAUGGCCGCGCUUCUAUCACCUUGUCUAUAGUUGUCACUGCAUAUCCGGCAUAGUGAAUCCCUUCUUUCACGUAACUACUGCCGUCCGUGUAAUACUGAACAUCGGGGUUCUGGAUGGGAAAAUCAUGAAGGUCCGGUCUACUUGAGAACACUUCAUCCAUUACCUCCAGGCAAUCAUGUCGACUCUCAGUAGGUUGCGGCAAGAGGGUAGCUGGGUUCAAGGUAUUAACAGUCUCAAGAUGCACUCUCGGGUUCUCGCAUAACAUGGCUUGAUACUUAGUCAUGCGGCUAUUGCUAAACCAAUGAUUACCUUUAUAGUCUAGCAACGUCUGUACUGCGUGCGGGACUCGCACAUAGAGUUCCUGACCCAGAGUGAGCUUGUCAGCUUCUGCUACCAACAGGGCGGCGGCAGCUACGGCCCUUAGACAAGGAGGAAGACCACUGGCUACUGCAUCCAGUUGUUUGGACAUAUACGCAACAGGUCGUUGCCAUGAUCCCAGAUACUGUGUCAGUACUCCCACAGCCAUCCUUCUUUGCUCGUGUACAUAUAAGUAGAAUGGAUGUGUAUGAUCAGGUAGACCUAAUGCGGGGGCGCUCAUCAAUGCCUUCUUAACAUCCUCAAAUGCCUUCUGCUGUUCGAUGGUCCACAGGAAGGAAUCAUGUUCCGUGCCUUUAAUAGCGGCAUAGAGGGGUUUCGCCAGUAUCGCAUAACUGGGAAUCCAUAUCCUACAGAAGCCUGCUGCCCCUAAGAAUUCUUGCACUUGUCUUCUAUUCUUAGGUGUUGGUAUUUGGCAUACAGCCUCUUUUCUUUCAGGCCCCAUUAUCCUUUGACCUUCAGAGAUAUGGAAUCCCAGAUACUUGACAGUUGGCUGACACAACUGAGCUUUCUUCCUGGACACCUUGUAUCCUGCCUUCCAAAGAAUGUGCAGUAAAUCAUAAGUUGCUUGCUGGCAUAUCUCUUUAGUAACUGCCGCUAUCAACAAAUCAUCCACGUAUUGUAGUAGUACACAUUCUCCUGGGAUGGACUUGAAAUCUAAUAAGUCCUGACUUAAUGCUGAUCCAAAUAGGGUAGGUGAAUUUUUAAACCCUUGGGGCAAUCUUGUCCAGGUCAUCUGACGUUUCGAGCCCAUUACAGCAUCUUCCCAUUGGAAUGCAAAGAUACACUGGCUUUCUGUAGCAAUUCGUAGGCAAAAGAAGGCAUCUUUAAGGUCCAAGACUGUAAAGUAAGUAGCCCCACCCGGAAUCAAGGCAAGCAGGUUAUAAGGAUUGGGCACAACUGGAUGUAUACUUACUACCGCAUCAUUGACUGCUCUCAAAUCCUGCACAGGACGAUACUCAUCUGACCCAGGCUUCUGAACAGGCAACAAUGGAGUAUUCCAGGGGGAAGUACAGAAUUUUAGGAUACCAUACCUUAUGAACUUAUCCAAAUAAGACUGUAUGUUCUUCUUCGCCUUUUGAGGUAUAUGGUAUUGUCGCAGGCUUACUGGAUAAACCCCAAGCUUUAGUUCGAUGCGUAUAGGUGGGAUAUUGCGAGCAAGUCCUGGUGGGUUAUUUUCUGCCCACACUCCUGGUAUAUUAUACAAGGAUUCAUCACUCUUAGGGUUUUGACUUGUCAUCACUGUAUAAAGUCACCACUCUUCUUCCUUUGGUACUGAUAGUGUCAUUAUACCUGAGGGUCCAUUAAACUUCAAGGAUGUCGUUCCGUUAGGCAGAAAUGUUAUCUGUGCUUGUAACUUCGACAACAAAUCCCGUCCUAGAAGUUGGACUGGACAUUCAGGCAUGUAAAGGAACUGAUGUUUCACUACGUGGCCACCCAGUGUACAGAGUCGACUUUUAAGAACCGGUUUAGCAGCACUCUUCCCAGUUGCUCCUAUUACAGUGAUAGUUCUUCCUGAAGGAGGAGCAACUAGGUCGGUUACCACAGAAUGUUCAGCACCAGUGUCGAUCAUGAAAGAACUCCUUUUUCCCCCUAUUGCUACAUCGACCAUAGGCUCUGCUCGACCAAGGGGCAUGGAGCCCGGUCGUUAUCAAUAGUCCUCUAUGACAGGUCAGCCAAACCCACAAAGUCCCUAUCUUCUCUUUCUCGCGGUCUCUGCGCUGCUGGGUAAUACCUAUCCCCUUGAACGCUUCCUCUACUAUUCCCACCAUUUCCUCCAGGGCCUCCUCUUCCUCUCACUCUACCUCUAUAGUUAUUACUAUAUCCUCCCCUUGUUCUAUGUCUCUCAUGUUGUUCCCUCAAUGGACACUCACUCCUCCAAUGCCCUUCUUCCCUACAAUAUGCGCAUUGGUUCCUACAUAAAGGCUCCCUAUUCCACUUAUUCUCGCUUUUCUCGGUUCCCCUGUACACUUCCUUUUCCCUUCUAUCUACACCAGCGAUAGCUACCGCUAACAUAUCUGCCUUCCUUCUCAUCUUACGCUCUUCUUUCUUCUUCGUCUCUGUCUCCCUAUUCAUAUAAACCUUAUUUGCUAUUUCCAUUAGUUGAGUUAUAGACAUCCCUACAAACCCUUCUAGCUUUUGCAAUUUUCUUUUAAUAUCUCCGUAAGCCUGGCUGACAAAGGCAUAGUUAACCAUCCGGGAAUUCUCAGGAGCCUCUGGACUAAAGGGGGUAUACAAUCGGUAUGCCUCCAAUAAUCCAUGUAUGUCCAGAAUGGGCGUGAUCACGGCCUUGGUGGACAAACGAGUUCUGGCCAACAGGAGGCGGCAUUGCUCCUCUUGGCACACCCUGAUCCAUUUUGGCAAGUCAUCCACGGCCUGUUUCCAACAAUCAAUAUAUGGAAACUGGUCGUAAAGUUCCGGCCUACCAGAUACAGCUACGUGUACACGCUGCACUAGAUUAGGAUCAAGACUACCACGUGGAGGCCAUGCAACAACUAAGGCAGACCAUUCCCUGCUACAUAAAGUAGUCAAACAUGUUGGAGACAUCUUUACCCCAAAAUCACAUACAUUAUAUCCCUUUUUAAAAUUCUUUAACAUACAAUCUAAGGGAUCAACGAUCUUUGAAUCCAACCCGUCUACCCGUCUAUAACACACCCUAGUAACAUCGUCUUUACAAACAGUAGUUAUAGUACGGUUAGCAUUGGUUAGAAUACAAUUUUAAAGUCACAGGUCAGUUAAUAGUAGUUAUGGUGUUAAACAUUCAACAUAAACGACAGUUAUUAGUGAUUAUUUACAGUAUCAGUGAUUAUAAUACAUGGUUAUGGUACCGUGCGCUAUGAUACAGUUACACACUAUUCACACUCUCGCUAGACGGCAGAGCUCACGCUACCCAGCAAGAUAUACACUCUACUAUAAUAAAUUUUAACAGUUUCCCAACUUAUCUAUUGGACAGUACCUCGAGGGACUACCCAAAACUAUUUACAUCCGUUUUGGUUAGCCGUCGCUGCCCAUGCACCACAUAUAGCGAACUAGAGGGCGGAAUUUACAACAAUACCCUUUUAGUCUAUCUACUCUAUCAAUAGUCUAGUGGUUUCCAAAUUUACACGCCUUCCCACUUAGCCAAGAUAGGUUGAGAACUAGCAAACGAUAAUGAACACCAGAGUCUGCUUAGUCUCCCGGUCCCUCCGACCUAGCGAACGAAAUGUACACCCUAGAUACGCUAGUCUAGACAAGACACCGGUGUCCGGCUUGGGCUAUAUACAUUCAACCAAGACCCAGCCUGACUCCAUACCAAGAUUAGACGGGCUGACUACAGGGCGUCUAAUUAUGAGUGGUGCGCCUUCGCUCCUUCCCUCCCUGGAGGGGGCCAAUUCCAUACACAAUUCCAAUUCAAACCCCUUAUGGGCCUACCGCACAAUCGGUAUCCAAUACCCCUAGUGAGUUCACACUCAUCGACGGGGACACCCCAGUACUUACUACGUAGAGGCCGAUGAUCUCCUGGACAACAGACCAGUGGCGCCAAGACGAAGGGAGGUCCACGCAGAAGUUCAGGGGUGCAGCCGUAGAGAACGUGUGCAAAGAUAGACCGUCUCACGCCUCUGCUUCCUAGCCACCGUUAACGAUGAGCUUCCCGGCCAAUGCACCAAAGAUGUUACCGGGAAACUGACGGAGGCCAAGCACAGAGAGAUGGACACAGGUUUCUUCAGGAAGGAAGAGAUCUUUAUUCGAUUCACCGACCGGGACUCAGAAGGACUUAUGUCACCAAAAACAGCAAAGAUCUGAGCACUGAAUACAUAGAGUACAUUCCUUAUAUAGCACUGUAGCUCCUCCCAUAAUUAGCUACGCCCACACAUACCCUUAACCUAAUCAAUGAAUAGAGUCUAAACUCAUCCAUCCGGUCUAACCACGUGGCUCAUCUGAAACAAAGGAGAGGGACGCGUAGUUCCUGCAUUCCUGCACAUGCUCAGUACAGUGAUGACAGUAUCUUAGCUACGUGUAACUAACUAACUGAUACUACAAACACAUGUACCUACAUAUGCCUUGUGGCAAUCUUGGCCUGCUAAACUUGUAUUUUACUGGAAUUCCAUCACAAUACCUCUAAUCCUCCCUACAGUGAAUCGGACUCAAGCUCCCCGCCCUAAAGCAUGUAAACCAAUUGGUCACAGACUAAAGUUAGGACCAAUAAGCAUAUGGGGACGGGCUUAGAUGGCAAGAUCCACACCAGGCCACUAUCUGUGAAAUCCUGUCAAUCGCCCAUAGACAUAUAUAUUAUUAGACACGGCAUUGACCGCUACGGCCUACUGGCGCUGAUGAGCCGCAUGGCCACCAUCUUGGAUCGGUCACCCGCUCUACUCCGUGUAAUAAUAUCACUUGCCCCGGACAUAGAUUAAAAUAAUUUUGAUUAGUUUACUGCACGUGAAAAGGACUUUUGUGCAAUUUUAAAAAAAACUGUAAUGCAAAUUGUAUGAGCCCCCUACACCUUACUUGUCAUGAAGAAUUAGAACACUUGCAACUGUGUAAGGCCAUACCCAGCGCAUGUUUGCCCAUUCAAGAGCACUCCACACAUCGUGUCAGUCCAGCUGAUGUGCCACUUUUCCGGCACUUUUGCUACUGCAUGUCACCAAUUAUUAUUUUUCCCCCCUAACUUUUUAGUUAAAAUUUGCAUGUAAAAUAAACAUGGUUAAGUUCUUAAAUUGGUAAUGAAACUAGUUGUUUAACCCCUUAAGGACCAAACUUCUGGAAUAAAAGGGAAUCAUGACAUGUCACACAUGUCAUGUGUCCUUAAGGGGUUAAAUACUACGUUACAUGACUAUUACAGAUUGCUGUAUCAGCUAUCCUGAUUAGUUUUGAUGACAUCCCUUGUUUUAACCUCAAACUAUUGAAGAAUCUAUUGGAGAAGACCGAUGCUGUCCUAGUGGUUCGCCCCUCUUUUGAGCUGGGAGCCCGCCGGGAGUUACCUCCAUACCGCCAUCCACACACCCGCAGGAAAGUCUGGAAACCGGAGAACCUUCGGGUUUACCACCCUGCUGCUGGGAACGGAAAGGUUCGUGGACAUACAGCAAGGGUUCCUACUAAGACCUGGGGCCGAGGUGGCUUACAACUGGAACACUGUUUUUCUCUACAAGGGUCAAGAGAACCUGCGGCAACGUUACAGUAACGUUACACAACUUGAAGUAUAGACAUAUAUAUGUCAAUGACUAGAAGUACGACCGGCCCAAAAUGGUGCUUGCAUUUCUCGCCCCGCAGAAGUCAAUGCGGCGUCUAAUAAUAUACAUGUCGAUCACCCCCCUCUUACUGAUGGAUUGUGGGUAAUUUGAUUGGAAACUGAGUCCUGUGUAAGCUUCACCCAUUGUCCAGUUUUUUCAACCUGGCUGCUUUACAUUAGGAAAAGUUGUCUCUAGUCAAAACCUCAUGUAUUUUAUGAAAACCAGAGUGCUGGGGGGAAAAAAUGAGGUAUAAACACAGGAAGCUAGCAGAUAAGAUAAAGUUUAUUUGUGGUAACAGAGCUGCUUUAAGAGAAGGGAGGAAGGAAAUUCAGAGGUAGCAAUGUAGAUUAUGUGAGCAGGGGAUAUUAAACAAAAAGAGACAAGAGGAGAUUUAAAAGGACAACAUUCUAAAUGAAGAUGAGACGUAUUGCAUUUCUGCACAGGGAAAAGGUAAUGAGGAAAAAGAUACAUGAAAUAAGAAUUGGCUAAGUGAGAAUGAAGGGUUAACAAUGAAAAUAAUUAUAACUAUGUUUAUGGCAAGGGAUGGGUGGGUGCCGUGUGGCAGGAAUUAAAUAGGGCUAGUCACUAAAGUGAGAAUUCAAAUUGAUUGGUGUGAUUUGCUAAGCUGAAAACAUUCUCUAAGUCAAUUUUGCUUCGAAUUCGGCUACUUUGGCCUUAAAUUUGAAAUUCAUUUUGAAUUCUCACUUCCGUGAAAUACCUUGAAAGUGUGCUGGACCCUGGAGUUAUCUGCAAUUCUUUAAGACUCUUGCAGUUCAUAAAAAAUGCAGGUUAGUUCAUUAUAUGGACAUCCAAGCUGAAAUUAAAAUGUUUCCCAAUGCAAUAUUGACAAAAUGGAUGAAAACUGUUAGAGACUGACAGUUUGCUAUCUCUGCCCCUGCAGUGCUUGAAAAUUAAAGCUGUUCCAUACUGCCAAUUUACUCACCCUAUCCCCGCAGUGCUUGACAGACAGAGACUGUGACACACUGACACAAGGCUCUCUCAAAAGAAUUUCAUCUUACCAUAAAGGUGACGUCAGGGUGCAGGAGUGAGAGGGGAAUUGCAACUAUCUAAUCAGAUUUAUUGAAGAAUAUGGAAUGGAUAAUCAAAUAUAAAGGAUAAUGGAGAUACAGAUAAGUUUUAUCAUUCAGAGAAUGCAAUAAGUGCUGUUGACUUUGAGACAGGGGUUACAUAUAUUUGACAUGCAUUGCAAAUAGAUUAACAGAACAGAUAAAUGAAUAGGUUUCUGCAAACAAAUGUAAAGGGCCCGUGAACGUAAUCAUUUGUGGUACAUUCAUUUCCUUUGUCUUUGCUGAGAAUUCUCUUGCUUUAAAGAGCAGAUGUUAUCAACAAUAAAUGCAUGCCUUACCCUUACAUUACACCUGAUAACAUUCACAUAGCAUUGCAGAAUAAUUAGAUAUUUAAAACACACCUACAAGGGAUAGAAAAAAUAGCAUCAGCUGUUGAUGGACUGUUGCUGCAAUCUGGUUGGCUGAGGCUAAUGAGGGCUGUAGUCCACCAACAACCAUGGUUAAUAAUGUCUGUUAGUGGUAUAAUGACAUGUUUAUUUCAUAUGUAGACUUUUCUUUCCUUGGAUCCUAAUUUUUGUUCGUCUUUCUGUCUCAUGUUUCAGAACAUUCCUAGGGAAGACUUGGAAUAUUAUGGAAGAAACUUGGUCCAGAGAUGGGCAGUCCUAAAGAACUACAGAGAUUACAGCUGUCAAAACCAGAUGUUGGCAGCGAAAGCAUUUCCCUCCGAUCACCCAUAUCAUCCAGGAUCUGGCAGGCAGAAGAUCCUACACGCCAUUUAGGGUUCACUGGAGAGGAUGUAAGCAUGAGAAAUUUCUGUGCCAGCGUACAUGGUGAUAAUGAUUUUAUGGAAGGAAGUUUUAGCUUUGAUACUGAAGGAGAGAGCUUUCUAGCAGCACAAAGGGACAAUUCUGUGGAUACAGUUCUGGAAGUUCAGGAAGAGCAAAUGUCAUUAAAACAACAUGAUUCUAGCAUGGAUUUGAGCAGGUCUGAGAGAUCCUUGGCAGAGUGUGCAUUCACUGCCUCCCGGGAUAAAGAAAUAGCACAAACAGACUUUAAAACCUCAAAAGAUGUCCUAGAAUGUGCAGACAUUAAACAGGACAGCAUUAAAACAGCAGGGAUCUCCUGUGAAAGUAUAAUAUAUGGCAGCAAGGUUACCAGUGAGCAAACCCACUGUGAAUCUGUGCCAGAAGGAGAAGGUUUACAUAUUGUGGUUGAACCUUCGAGUGACUUGAAAAUACAGAAGCUUAGUACUGAAACAAGGAUAUCAAAAAACAAAACAUCUCACACAUGUGAGACUGGAUAUGAAUCUUGCAUGCCUUCUGCACCGGACACCAGCAUUUCACCUUCAAAAGUUUCUUCUUCAGUGGAACCCGCAAAAGCCACUCCCCAGUUACCCCCACACCCUGGUGAAAGAAAGGAACAUUCUAACAAUUCUUGUGCAACUUCAAAUGCAGGUACCACCAUGAAUACAUGCAAAGUCUCUGGAUCAGAAGGUCAAAAUCCUUUAGGUGAAAUCUUAUCAGACGCACCAAAACAAGACAAAGAGAAUAUCAGCAAUGAAAAAAAACACAAAACCUCAUCAGAUGGAAACAAAGGCUGUAAGGAGACUGCCGGUUGGGACAAUAGUACAAAAACACAGUCUUGCGAGCAGGUGACUCCCAGGAACAACAUUAGCGCACAGUCCAACAAGGUGGAGUACAGAUCUAUUGCUGUAAGCCCCAUUAUUCCUCCAGGGAGUGGAACAUCUUUUACAUUUCAUUCUGGAGUGGAAACUAUAGGGACUUCAUCUGAUACAAAUUCUCAUAAUGUCGGGACAGCUAAUAAUAAGGAGCAGCUACCUAAAACAUAUUCGUUUGAGCUCACUCCUCCCAGUCAGGAAGUCAGUGCAGAUACAACAGCGCAAUUUAGGUCCAUAGGAGUAAGUCCCAUUAUUCCACCAGAUGGAUCAGAAUCAUUUACAUUUCAACCAGAACCCAGCUCUCAAUCCACUAUAUCUCAACAUGGUUUUGGCACGGAUCAGAGAACAGACAAAACAUGUGUUGAUAGUUUUCCAAAAACAUGUUCAUCUGAACUAAUACCUCCAAGUUUAGAUGUUGGAACUGAGACCAGAGUGGAGUGUAAAUCUGUAGCCGUGAGUCCCAUUAUCCCACCGGAUGGAACUUUAUUUACAUUCCAAACAUUAAAAAGCACCUCUAAUGUUACACCAGGUGCACAGAACAAACAAAGUAGUAAUGUACUCUCAAAAACAUACUCUUCUGAGUUGACUCCAAUUAAUCAAGAUGUAGGGACACAGGCAGACAACAGAGUACAAUGUGUUUCAGUAGCAGUUAGCCCAAUUAUUCCUCCAGAUGGAUCACCUUCUUUUAUUUUUCAAUCAGAACAAAAGCAUCAGGAAACUGGCAUGAACAUUGCAGGCAAAGCAGGAGAAAAUGAGUCAAUUUCCUCAGCUACAAAUCUACAGCAUCAAAAAGGAACCACUGAAAUGCAGAACCAGACCAUUCGCACCAGAGCCCAAUGUGUCUCUGUGGCAGUCAGUCCUAUUGUUCCUCCAGAUGGAGCUUCUUCUUUUACGUUCCACACAGAAAAAGAUACUAAAGACAUAGAUAAUCUUUCUAAGACUUACUCGUUUGAGCUCACACCUCCUGAUGAGGAUACUUGGACAGGCAAAAAAGUGGAAUACCGAUCUGUGGCUGUAAGUCCUAUUGUUCCACCUGGUGAAUCUUCUUUUACUUUCCAAACAGAAAAACAAAACAUAUUGCCUAAAACAUGCUCAGUUGAGAUAACACCACCAAGUCAGGACAUUGGCACUCAAGCUAACAAAGUUGAAUGUGUGUCUGUUGCUGUAAGCCCAUUUGUUCUGCCACAGGAGUCCUCUACUUUUACAUUCCAAACAAAACAGACCGAUCCAGAAUCAAGUGCACUUUCAGAGGCUAAGUCACUUCAGCUUAAACCUCAGAGUCAGGAUGUUGGAGUUCAGGUUGACAUAAGUGUACUGUGCACAUCAGUAGCUGUUAGUCCGUUUGUACCCUUAGAUGGGUCUUGCUCUUUCAUAUUUCAAACUGAGGCGAUAAAUCAAGGUACUUCAAGUUCAGGAUGUUCCAAUGUAAGGCCUAGCUUAAAGGAUGCAGAAAUGCAAGUAUCUAUUAGAGUUGAAACCAAAUCUGUCGCUACUGACCCAAUGACACCCACUGGCAAGUCUCCCCGCACUUCUUAUCCUGAAGUCCGUGUAAAAGAUCCCAAAGGAGAUCACCCAGAACCGGUACGAGAGGUUAGUUGGGACGAGAAAGGGAUGACUUGGGAAGUGUAUGGAGCAUCCAUGGAAGUAGAAGUUUUGGGGAUGGCAAUACAGAAACAUCUGGAAAAGCAGAUUGAAGAACAUGGCAGGCAGAAAGUGAUGACCCCUCAAAACACAAGAGGGAGCUCAGUUCGAGGAACAACAGUAAAAAGUGAGCCCAAAAGGCAACCCAAUGCUUUUCGCUCAUGCUUUUCGCACAGAAAGCCUCACUGCUGUUCACGAGCUGCCCCUGCAGUGGAGUAACUAAAAAAAAAACGCAAAAGCAAUUAAAGAAAAAAAAGGAAAAAUAUAAAUAUUUUGAACAGAAAGUCUUAAUGUGUCUCCCACAGCUGUUAUGUUAAAUCUCAGUUGACUGAGUUGACAAGAAAAAGAAGAAACAUUGGACAUCAAAGAUGCAACUUGGAAGACCAUUCUGGAACUGCGAAGGGACCUCGUUCUAAGGACUGAUGUGACAUUCUGCCAAAUGAGCCAAACACUUUAAGUAAAAACAGUGAAAAAGGCUAUACCAAGACAAGCAGACGAAGUUAACAGUGUCUUAUUUAAAACUUGGGGAAGCGAAUAAGACAGUAAGAAUGUAAAAUUUGCUGCUUGGUGAGAUUUAAAAUAGGUCAUCUAAAGUUUUCAAAGCACAGAUCUGUAUAGCAACCAGUUUAUCAGACAAAACAAUAUUGUAUAUUGGACCUGUAUGCUAAGCUGACCCACGAGUAUUGUUCUUAAUUAAGUGGUAACAGUUCUCUUGUUGUACCUGUGUUGUUUUUCCAGUUUGAUGUAUUUGAUACCAUUUUUUACAAGAUUAGAGUAUUAGGAUUUUGCCAGAUUAAGACCUUAUUGGUUUGAUCAGUAGGUUAGAAGUUCAGAGAUUUUGAUAUGAUUCAAACAUUUGCAAUACGUUCAAGUGAUAAAUGCCAUAAUCCUCCAUUUAUAUACUUGGGUAUGGGGCAGACACAUCGAUGCAUAUUCUGUAUUAUUGUUUGAGAUACUAUGUCGUUCUACAUUUUUGCUGUGACAGUUUAAAAGAGUAUUUUAGUUGGAAAAACUAUUGGACCAUUGCCAUAUCCAAGAGGUGACUUUUACCUACUCUACAAAUUGUAUGCACAGAUAAUUUAACUUAUAUUAAAAAUGCUUAGCUAUUGGAUGUCAGGCAUUUUUUCCACUACAGCAACACCGAGCUGCAGGUCCUAAAUGACGACAUUGUGCAGCCAGUGGUUUUCAUUGGUCCGUUUGGAUCAUUACCCAUGCACUGGAAUAAAAUUUAUUGAAAUAGUGAACCCCUCUUAUGGAAGGCUAUAAAAUGUGAGUUGGCAACCUGAAAAGUGAUGUCUGUUUGUGCCGAAUAAUUGUCCAUAAAUUAAAAAAUGGCAGAGCUGGAAACAUUCUCUAAUUUAUCACAAGUCAGUUUAAUUUAGAGGGUUAUUUACUGAAGUGAGUAUUGUUGCGAAUUCCAAGAACUUAAGGCCAAAGUAGCCAAACUGGAAGCAAAUCUGACUUGGAGAACUUUUCCAUUUUGACUCUUUUAGACUUAAAGGGACACCAAAGGCAUCAAAACUAUUUUAGCUUAAUGAAGCAGUUUUAGUGUAUAGACAAUGCCCCUACAGUAUUACUGCUUAUUUAUCUGCCAUCAAGGAGUUAAGUCACUUUUGUCUCUGUUUAUAAAGCCCUAGGCACACCUCCCUUGACUAUGAUGCACACAGCCUUCAUGAAUAACAUGGUUUCAUUUUGAAUCAGCUAUUAAUUUACUUGAAAAUGUUUUACCCUGCUCUGUAAAUUAUAAAUUCGAAAUUAAACAUACUGUGCAAAAAAGGACGUUCGAACAUUAGAUCCCUCUUUACAGGAAGUGUUUAGGAAGGUUGUGCAAGUCACAUGCAGGUUGGUGUGAAUAGGGCUUCAUAAACAAAGUGGUUUAACUCCUAAAUGGCAAAGAAUUGAGCAGUUAUACUGUAGGGGCAUGAUCAGAGUGCAGGGGCAUGAUCUAUGUACUAAAACUGCUUCAUUACACUGAAGGUGUUUUGUUGCCUAUAGUAUCCCUUUAAAUUUGAAAUAAACUUUGAAUUUCUGAUAAUCCUUGCUAGUGAAUAACCUUGUUAGUGGUAAGUAAAUAAAUCCUACAUCUUAUUUUUGGAACUGGCGAAAGUGAAAUAAAGUGGCUCUGUCUGCAAGGGACAAUUAGAAUGAAGUCAAC